ACAUUCGAUUGCUUUUGCUUCCUCUGUAGCUGUGUAGCCCGUGCUCCACAUGUGCGGUGUUUGGGAGGGAAAAACAUGGCUGCGCCCGUGAGUAAUGGGCAGAUCGUCCCUGCUAAGAAGCCAACAGGUAAAUAUUUGACUGAAAAUAGAGACAUUUGACGCCAUAGUGGUUUGUAACAUAUCUUAUUUCUGUGAGGACUUGAUAGAGAAGGCUGUCUUCGCCGUCUGUUAGACUGAGCUCCAUCGGCAGGACGCUGUUUCACUAAUACGCAGCAGUUUUGUUUUGAUAAUCGAUAUCAUGAGUGAGGAAGUGGCGUUGAGCAGCAGUGUUAAACUGUUUUCAAUGUUGGAAAUCAAGGAAUUAAACCCCCCAGAGACAAAAAGAUGUAAACCACUUUAUCUAAACUGUUAAGUUAGUCAUUUCCUCGCUGAAAUGACCGGAUCUGAACUGGUCUGACAGCCGAUAAUGGUCUUUACAUUCAGUAUUUAAAGAGGGCUCACAACAGAUCCACAAUACAGAGGGGUAUAUGGAUUUUAGUCACUCACUUUUUACAUCAUUUAAAGCAGGAGUGCUGUUUGUGUUAUCCAAAUUUGUUCAACUAUGUCCAAAUCUUGGACUAUGACUCGUAAUGUAGCUCAGAUCAGAUGUUUAAGGCUUAUAUUAAAAAGUAUCAAAGCCUCCAGAACACUGAACCACGAGGGCAGAGUUUAAACUGGAGUCAGAGCCCGACAUAGCCUAACCAUAGACAGAGGAAGAGUAGGGGAGAGUGGGGUAAGAUGAGUCGUUUUUCAAAUUUCAGAUCACUGCAUCAAGACAGUCAUAGUUUUGUCUCUAACUAGUGUAUCUGCAUAUAUUUCAAGAUGUUGUUCAUCCCUGCAAAUCAACAGAAUGAGUGUAAACAUAACUGCCUUGAUAAUAUAGCAUGACAAAAAAGUGGUCUCCUAUGGUCAACUUACCCCGAGUAUGGGGUAAGUUAAGCCGUGUCCCUACUACCCCCUCAGCCCUCCCUCACCUUCUCUCUCCCUAAAUAACAGUCACUUCUUCACAUUCAUGUGUAUUUUUAUCUAUUAUACGCUAUUCAACUGGUACAGUCAUUCUUUUUAUUAUUAUUGCGUAUAACUGCUAAAAAGCUGUUUUGUAAAAAAAAAACAUUUUAACAUGAGAAUACCUUUAAGUGAUUGAGAACAUUCACAGCUGUAUUUCUGAGAAGAAAAAGUAAAACAUUUCAACAAUCUGAACUGAAACUCUGAUCCUCUCAUCCUCUCAUCAGACUCCUUUACUUUCUCAGUUACUCCUGAACUUCUAUGAUUACUUUAUUAGUCCUCUAAGCUAAAAUGGUGGACUAUUAUGUGAGGUUUUUGACCUCAUGUUGUAGCUCAUAGAUACCACAAUUGUAUUCAGUCUUAUUGUAUAAAACAAAUUAAUAAUGAUCUUUUUUGGUCUGAACACAAUUCUAACGAAAAUUUUGACGGACUAAAUUCACUUUCAAGAGUGAAAAACGUUUUUUUUUGUUGUUGUUGUAAAUAAAUGUCUAACCCCUUCAUCCAUGUGCUUCUAACCUUAAAAAAACUCCAUGAAUUGAUGCCCAUCUCCUAAAUAUUUAGUCACAUGAUCAAUUUUUUUACCAUUUCCGAGAAACAGGGGGUGGCUCAACUCACCCUUUGGCUCAACUUACCCCACUCUCCUCUAUGCCUGUCAGUAAAUAAGCUAAUAACUGUGAAUUUUGCUGUGGGAGAUAAACAAGCGAGAGUGUCAAGUAUGUGUCAGUAAAUGGAAUUUAAAAAUUGUGCCAGAAAAAGCUUGUUUUGCUUCAAAACUCUGAUGCCGCUUGAAAACAAGUUAAGCUCAAACCCUGAUUAUGUGCCUUGUAACCCCUGACCACAUUAGUCUCAGUCUUAUUUUCCCAUUUCAGCUGGAAUUCAGAACCACUUAGUGGCCUGUGGGAAAUGGUUUCAAUAAGUUGCAACAUAAAAAAAGAAAGUUCUCCACUUCCACAACUUUCUGCCGUCUACAAGGUGAUUUAUUCUUGCAAGAGUGGGGCGUACCCACCCGGUUUUAACAAAGGAAAUGACUUAGCAAGUUAAGCCCCGGUCUGCCCUCAGACUUUUGAACGUGUCUGAAGCCUUUUUGUAAAAUCGUGAUUUUUAGCUUCCUGUGCUGCAGAGGGAGUGAGCCAUACAGAGAGCAUUUCUAUCAUCUGAUCAUCUGACUGUGACCUUUUUCAUUACGACCAUGAAGUGUGAUGUGUCAUCAGCUUGUCUGCAGAGUGAACAGAAACCAUAAGCCAUUAAAUACAGUGUCCUUGCCUCAACUUGUACUCCUCACAUUGCUAACAGACAAACCCUCUAACUCUGUCCCCAGUCCGAGGACCACGACGGGUAGCCAAUCAAAUUCCAGAUGAAAUUCUGCAAGACCCUGAGUUACAGGAGGCGAUCAAAGCUUUGCCUGCGAACUACAACUUUGAGAUCCACAAAACAGUUUGGAGAGUGAAACAAGCAAAUGCCAAAAGAGGUGAGCUGUCUCAAUCAGUUUGAUUCAUUUUGUUCAUGGUUAGGAAUCUGUUAUUUACUCUGUAAUUCGAAGCACAUGAGGUAACUAAUUCAACUUCAGAUCAUAAGAUGAUACAAAUCAUGUGUCCUACACUGACUCACUACCUUAUACGGUGCAGAAAUCUUGAGCUAUUUCUCUGCAGGCUGACUGCUGAAUACAGUAGGUCUGCAUUAUAUGAGGAAAAUAUGGGGUUCAGUUCUGCGAUGACAAGAUGAUUUGUGAUAAAUAAACACUGAAGUGUGCAUAUUAGGCUUAACAUCUGAGUUUCGUUUAGUCCACUUCAGUGUGUUUUAAACAGCACCUGUCUUCUUGACAUGCCACUUGGUCCAGAAUAAUUCCGAAUAGCAGGACUGCUUUUCUUUUCCCCUCUGAGGACCAGUAUUUCUCGGUUUUUCUUCCAUCCUCAGCUGUUUUGCAAGAUGAGUCAAAAUGUGGAAACUGUGACACCUGUGCUAUCAUUCAUUGUGCUUAACCUCUGCUGCUUUUGGUCACAGUUAUGCACCAAGUGUGUUUUAGUCAGAGAGAAGUUUCGCCAAGAAAAAGAGUGGAUUGAAAAAUCUGUUUCAACUCCACACCUGAUACAGAGGAAUGUUUUAAUGCUCCACUGUUCUCUGUGUCACUGUUACCCGAAAAAGUUCCCUAUUUUUAGUUCAUUGCAGCCCAACAGUUAAGUACUUUACUUUGUAUUAUUCAAACCUCAUUUAUUGCUGCUCUGCAGGUUUGGAGAAGAUGAACGGCACAGAGUAGAGAUCUAAACACACAGGAUGCACAGCUUUGAAUAUCUUAUACAGACAUAAGGAUUCAUUUAAAAUACAUCCAUGAAUACAUCUGUGUCCUGACCUACUUUGGCAACUUUCUUAUGCAGACACGCAGGUUUAUUUAGUGAUGUCACCAAAAUGACCCAAUGUGAAAAGGGCAUGCCACUUAGCCAUUUAAAUCCAGCAUGUAUUAUAUAACAGGUACAUGUUAGAGAUGUAAUGUAUGUAGUGCUGUGUGUGGUGUGUUCACUCUGAUGUUACUAAAGUGAAGCAGAAAGGCUUUUCACAAGCACAUCAGCCGAGUUUGAAGCCGGUUUACACUGAAUUCAUGAGGAGGAUAUGUAAGCCCUGUUUGAUCUUUGAGGGGGGGACAAACCCCCCAGGAACUGUGCCAAUGUGUUAUUGACAGAGUUGGAGGGCUGCAUUCACUCCAGCUGACACUGUGCCAGCUCAAAUUUCUCCUCACAACUCACUUUGUUCAGUGAGACUUUUGUUUGAACUGAUUGAUUGGACUGGAAAUUUGUUUUUUUUUUUUUAGCAGUGAGGGUUUGACCGACUUUAAAAUCACUUUGUAAAGUUAACAGAAAAAGGGAGAUUUCAGCAGCAGCAUUUAUAUCAAUUUCAGAUCAGCUACGGUAACGCGAUCGGUUUGAGAUAGAUGUCAAAAUUCGUGCAGCUGUCUUCCAAUCUACCUCGGUACAGUUUUGCAUGUGUAUUUUGACAUCUCCUCGUGUGUGCGGUUCCCUGCGAAACAGGUCAUCGGGUAGUGUUACAAUGGCAGCCUCCAGCUGGAGGAAAAAUCAUCCUUCAUUUAUGUAAAUGUCAAAAUGUGUGCUCGUAAAGUCAUUCCUGCCUUGGGUAGAUAUAUGCAGAUGGCAAGCCAAGAGGAUUGAAUCAUUUCUUAGAUGUCCCUGUGGGGUGUGUGUGCUUUCCACAGCUUGCUUUUUUUUUUUUUUUCCUGUUGUGUGACGUUUUUUCUAUCAGAGCUCAUCGUCUCUCUCUGAACUCUCAGAGCAUAACUCACCUUCUCACCCCCUGUCUCUCUCUGUUCCUCUUUGUGUCCAUCUGUUUCUUUGUCAGCCUUUGAACUGCUUUCAAAUCACAUACGCUGUGCAUUAUUAAAACCAAGAACUUAGACAGCAGGAAUGUAUUUCAGCUGCCCAGCCCCUUUGUGUCUGAUUUUAUUCAAAGUCAAAAGGUUUGUUUUAGUUUGCCUCUUGUUUUAUUUUUAUCUGAGUGUUUGGCUUCUUUUUUUGGCGUUAUCUCUCUCUCUGUUCAAGGAUAGCGUCGCUGUUCAGAUCUAUUUGAACUGCUCUCCUGAUUACCGUUAUAAAGACAGUUCAGAUAAAUACAACUGAUCACAAACGUUCUGGUUUUGGUUUGGUUGGGCUUCAGUUACUGUUGAGUUGACUCUUAGUUGUGCAUUAGCACAUGAUGAUGACACUUUACAGCUGUGUGCAAUUUGUUAGAGAAGUUUCAUCAUCUGUUCGCCUUUUAGGAACGACAUAGAAACAGGUUCUAUCAAUAUUUUGGUAAAAGCAAGAAGUAAGAAUGAAAAAUGUUGAUGUCUGAUAAGAAGAAGUGAAUUAUAAGUGAUACUUUUGACUGUGGGAACUGGGAAAAAUGAAAGAUGUUUUUUGUUUAGUGAGAAAACCACUUACAAGAACAAGACAAGAUUAGCAAAGAUCUAAGAGGAACUGUUUCAACCAUAGGGGGCGCCAUAAUCGAUACACACUAGCUGCGUUACAUAGAUCAUAAAAUCCUUCUUAAAAUAAUUUUAAACGCUAAAUCAGAUUAAAAUAGUGUCAUGUAAACACCUUAGCGGAUCCGAUUCACACAAAUCGUAUUAAAUUUCGGAUCCGAACGUGGGAGGUAGUCUGCGCUAAUUGACAAUACGAUUGAUGCCACAUAUAAACGGUCACGUAACAAGGCUUGCAGGGAAUAGGAAACCUGGAAGUUAUGACCAAGACACAACAAAAGGAUAAAAAAAAUAAAUAAAAAUUAAAACAUGACAUUGAUCCAUUUUCCAGAUGUGAACAAGAAGCCGGGAAGAAAAGUGCACCUCCUCUUCACUCAAACCUUUGAAGGUAGAAAGGCUUUUUGCACGCCAUAGGAGCUCAUCAAUAGAAUUCAAACAUGGACUAAACGUGGAUCGAUUUAUUUAAGGUUCAUGUAUACAGGUCACACUUAAUUCACUCAGUACAAUCGUGUUGAGGAAGAUGUUGCAUGUAAAUGCAGCGACUGAAAGUCUCUCACUCGACAUCUAAGUUUAAAGUAAAAUAGGCUCAGAUUGUUGGAUUUUCAGGGUGUAUUUUGAACUUGAUUCGCCUCAUUUUAUCACAGCAAUUCAGUUUUUUUCAAUUUCAUACACGACUUGCUGAAAAAUCAGACAAGACAAGAGACAAAGCCAAAGUAGCGUAAAGCAAUGCGGUCUUGAGAGUCUUGGGAGACCUUAAAUUCAUGAAAGUGUUUCCCUGCUGGGUUUGUAAAAUGCUCAGGGAGCUGCUCUGUUUUCCAUGUUCUCCUCAAAACCGAACUACAGACUAUCAAAAGAUCAGCACUGCUGACAGAUUCUCCUCAGAUGUUUCCUUGAGCUUUUGGAGAAUACACAACAUGUGGACCAUUCAGUUCCUCUUUUCAGAUUCAGCUGCUCCCGUCCAUGUUGAGCUUCAUUUCGGGAACAAAUAAAGGAGAAGUUGCAGAGAUAAUAAGGAUGAAAAAUCACGAUUCAGAAUUUAAUUUUGAAUUAAGGAUUGCCUUGAUGCCAAUGUUAAUCAAACAUCCUACUAAGCCACAGAUGGCUCACCACAAUUAACAGAAGAAUCCAGACUGACUCAACAUCUAGCUCCAUCCAUGGUUGUUAUCUUGUUUUUCCCAAUAAAUGAAUCGUCCCGUUCUAAAUAGCCUCUUUAUGCGUCUAGCAUUAACAGAACUAUUCAUUAUAUCAUCCCCAAAUACAAAGAGAGUACAAGAAGGCAGACUAAAACGGCCUUUUCUGCUCUGCCUGUACAGCAUGUUCCUCCACAGAGAACAUGACAGUGGGGAGAGUGCUAACAGGGGAAAGUUCAGGCAGAUUUUCAAUAGUAGUUUCCACAGACUGGACAUGCUUGAAUGAAUGGAUGAAUGUGAAUGGCACUUAUUCUCUCUGUAGGAGAAUAUCUGUAUGCACGCUGGAAAAAAAAAGAAGAAAAAACGGGAGUUGAUAAUAAUGAAUUUUUUAAUUACUUUUUUCUGGUAGAAAAGAUUCUUACCCAGCAUAUAUGAUUCAUUCAUUGCCAUGGUGUAACCUUGAAAAGCCUCUCGGGCUGCAUCGCCUUGUCCUGCUCAGUUCAGUAUAGUAUGCAGUACCAUCAACAGCGCCAUCCUCAUUCUUUGGCACCCUCUUGUUGGGAUAAUGUACAUGAAAUGAGACAAACUGCAACCUGUUGAUCAAGCGGGGAGAAGAGACUUUUAUUUGAUCAAUACAAUUAUGUUCCUUUAUGAAUUAUCACUUUGUUUACGACCGUUUUUAUUCAUAUUAGGGAAUGCUUUGAACAGGUGAUGGGAAUUGGUCUUUUUAAGAAACAAACGUGGUAAAAAUCUGGUGCUUGAUUUACACUGAGCAGAGAGAGGGGCGCAGUGAUCGAUGCAAAGGAAGAGGGAGAUUGCACAAGAGGAUAUAUUUCCUGUAAUCCAAUAUUAUUGAAUCAACAUGCUUGCCCCAACAUGCCCCACAUUCUUAAUGACUUUACUAUUUUAGUCUUAAGACUUUACUAUAACUCUAUUUUUGUAAUAUUAUGACUUUAAUCUCAUAACAAUACAGCUUGGUUUUCCUAAAACUUUAUUCUUGUUAUAGAAUGAAUCAGACUUUAUUCUGUGUAAAAAUGACUUUAGUGUUUUUGUUUUUAUUGUUUUUUUUUUUCCUUUUUGAUGUGACCAAACUACUCCACAAUAAACCUUGGGAUAACUUCAUGAGAAUUAAGCUUUUUUUUAAAAUAUUACUCAACUCAACUAAACUCAAGUUUAUUUGUAAAGCACUUUAAAACAACCAGAGCUGAACAAAGUGCUGUACAUAAAUAGACAAAACAAUGCAGACAUAAAAAACAAUCAAAAAACAAUUAAAACAAUGGAUAAAAUAAAAGCAGAAUUAAAAAGUAAAAUAUAGUUUCAAUGUUUUUAAAAACUAAUUUAAUUUUCUAAUUACCAGAUGACAUCAUUAUCAGCCAUAUUUAGCUGAUGUGCUUUAACUAACUUUGUUAAAUUCAUCAUAUUUUUCUUUGUGUCUUCUGUUUGAAUUAUUGGCCACUUUGGGCUUCUGUAACAUACACUUUAACAGACUCGGAAUAUGCAAAUGUUUAUAUUGUACAUACUGUAUAAUAAUUUGUAUACCAACUCUGUUGUUCCUGUUUAUGUUGUCUGGCCAUUCAUCACAUCUGUCCAAAAAUGUUUGCACUGCAAUCACACACUCCAAAUUUAAUCUCGCCCAGGAUAAUCCCUGCAUACAGCCUUAUUCUGGUCUCCUAGCUUGAACCCCCCUUUUGAAAAUUCAGAGUAAUCCCCCAGCUUUGUCUGCUCACUCUGCUGUUCGCUGAUAAAUUGGUGUUUCCAACACUUUCUUUAUUUACUUUCUGUCUUUGCUUGUCAGCAUAAUCCUACAUGUAGAUUCCUCACACUCAAAGAUCUAACGGCGGGGACGACCAUGUAGAAACCGCUGCAAAUUAAGUGACACAAGCAGGAAAACACUGCUUCCACACUUGUGUGUGAGUCAUUAACUGUGUCCACCGCUGUCUAAUGAACUUUCUCUGUUAAGGUUAGAAGCAACUUAUCAUGUGUGUAUUCAGUCCCUCCUCUGGCGUCUGAUUCACCUUUCACAGGCGGCGGCAGAUGGAGAAAGCUCUUUGCUUCUGUCAGCAGAGGCAGAGGUGUGCUCAGAAACCUUUCGCUGUUAAUAAACUUGCCCUUUUCCAGGUAAUGACCUGUCUCUCACUGUCUGCCUGGGUGCUCUGUGAUCCCUUAACCUUUCAUCAGUAAGAAAUGCUUUCGCUCCUCCCCUCCACACUGCGCUAUCCAUCACUCCAUCUCAUGACCACCCUCCCUCAACCUUCCCCGGCCUUUUGUCCGUCCAAGCUUUCAUUGUUUAAUCCUGUCUGCCACUGAAGUGUUGGAAAUUGUUUCAAGACAAGUCAUGUGAAAACCUCUGUGUGUGCUCAAUGCAGCGUCCCGGUCUCAUAAGCGUCCGCUGAGACAUUGAUGGAUUUAUUGAAGAAAGGUGUGACUGAGUUUGACUGGGAGAAAUGUCAUCUUUGAUUGCAGCAGCCUUUGUUUGCAGGUUGUGUCUCUGUGACUAACUUGGUUACAAGAAUCAAAAAAUCUUGUCUGAACCGUGUCUAAAACAAAAAAUAGCAGCAUAUCUAAUAAGAUCCCAAAUAUUAAACAGCUGAACCCUGAAUUUCACGCAGUUACACACAUGAGGCGUUCAUGUCUGCUGCAAACAGAGCAGAGGAGAGAGGCGAUGAUGGUGCGACAUACUUCACUAUCAAAAAGUUGUUUUGAACACUUUCGCAAUAUCUUUGAUGAAAUCCUGUAUUUUACAGCCUGCAAUCAUCCUAUUUUUAUGUUUUUAUUGGUUUAGGUAGUUUUAAACUCAAUGAUCUGUCAUUUCUGUUGUCAAAAAGCCUAGCCAGACGAAGGGGUUGAAAACCAGCCAUAGUUAGAAAUCAGUAUGUGUGGCAUCUACCUUGUGUAAACCCCAUAGAGCGGUAUAUCAUGCAUUUGUUCCUGUCCAGUAAACAUCUAAAUAAAUGAAUAGAAUAAAAAUGCAUAUAUGCAGUUAUCAUGGAUUAGCUGAGAGAUUGAUUACAGGGUUCCUACACAGUUGGAAUUUCCAUACUUUUCCAGACCAUACCCUACUUUUUAGAAUAAUUUUUGGAAAUACCUACUUUUUUAUUUUAGAACUGUAGUAAUAGUCUGGAAACAUACAUAUUUUUCCAUACUUAAUUCUUCAUUUUUCAUGCUUUUAAGACCUAGAAAUUGAUCAAAUUUACCUCCAUACUUUUUCAUACUUGCAUAGUAACCCUGUAAUUAGAAAAUGCUGAGGAUUUUUUUUCUGCAGGAGUGAAGUGACCAGCAAAGUGUGUGAGAUAGUUCCGAACUGAUCCCUCUGAGAUUUGAAAGGGACAGAAAUCUGACAAGUUACCUUUUAAAUGUGUCCAAGCCGGAGAUAUGUUUUCAUCUGGUCUCAUCUACAGAGGUAAAGAUCAAGUCAGAAGUCAGUGACUUAACGUCCAGUCUGAGAAAUUGGAAAUCGCUCAAAUUUUCUUGUAAAGGCAGCCCAGACAAGAGAGGGGGACCUAAUUUUGGAGCUGUCAGUUAGACUAGUUGAGGUGGCUUUUGGUUGAUUUAAUGGCUGAAAGACUGAAAGUUCGUUCUUCAGGUGGAAUAAUUCUGACGGUCUGAAACAUGGUACGAGUUGCUAGGUGCUGGAUAACCUGAUUAGGAGGGAGGUUAAGAAAUUAUAAAUGAUCAAGUCUUAUGUGCUGUUUUAAGUCACAACGCAUCAACUCUCAAUAUGAUAUUGAAUCGAUCAGUAGUGCUUACAAAUUGUGGUAUAUUUGGUUUUGACAUGUCUAGUUUCCUUGCUUUAUAUUCCUUCCUGAAUCUGCACUAUUUGUGUGAGAGCCACCACUAGAUCUUGAAGGUUUUCUGUUAUUCCUAACACAUCCACUGUUAACAAGGAGUUUUACACCACUGCACAAUAAGUGAUGUGAUAUUAUAUGAAAAUCACUGUGCAGAGAGAGACAGCACAAUCUCUGCAGACACACACACACACACUGUAAAUGAUCACUCGGGGGAAUAAGCCUAUUCUAUUCUGAGUCUAAAGAUUAUAUUAAGGAAAAUUAUAUUAUGUACAGUAUAUCUUGAAUUUUUCCAGAAGGUCAAACACUUCUCUUUAUUAAACGACUUACUGUCUUUAACAGCACUGUUUGUAUUGUGGUAGAAAGACGGAAAAUUCUUUAGGGCCCAGGAGUUGUAUUUAAAGAUAUCAUAUGUGUUUUUAGUUUUAUGGUUUAAAAUAGCAGUAUCAUGAAAACCCUGGGAAUAAUUCAAAUAUUAAUUGUGCUGAAUGAUACGAUAAUUCCACUUCUAGUAUAAUGAGAGUCAUUUAUUAAGAUGUUACCAAAUAUUUUCCAAAUUCAGCCUGUUUAAUUUUAGGGAAACCAUUUUUUUCUUCUUUUCAUACCACUUUAAGUUUAUUUUUUUAUGGUUUUAACCAUAUAAAGGAGGAUCUACAAGGAGUAUUUUUAAGAAUUUUCCAGGAUUUUUAAAUGUAAUUAUCACCUAAAAGAAAACUAGGAAACAGGGUGUUGAUGAUUUGGUGCAGUGUGAAGUAAACCUGUUAAUUAAUUCUGAAUAAUCACAAUGUUUUUAUGCUGCACCUUUAAAAAUGCUGGAAAAUUAAAUGUAGAGAAAUAACUUUAUUUAAUUUUCAAAGUUUUUAAAAGAUAAGAGUGUUUUCUCUUCCUCAGUCAGCACCAUAGUCUCUCCCCUGACAGUAGAAAUCUCCUCCCUCUCACUCUCGCCUUUCCCAGUCUUGUCCACUUCAUGCUCUGAUUCCUGUCCUCUCAUUACAUAUGGGAGCACUUGACAUCAUCAAUAUCUCAGUAGUCUCUGAUUCCAAGGUGUCGUCAUGUUUAUUUGAUGACUAGAUGGUAAGAUUAAUGUAUACUUAAUCACGGAUUCGUUAGCAUCUUUAAUGCAAAAACCACAAGUCUUAUCUCUUAAGAAAUCCCCAAAGGAGCUCUGGGAUUUACAUCCACUUUGAAAUCUAAGAAAACAUGGUGAUAUUUUCUUGAAAGGAAAGCUCUGCGGUCGAGUUUGUGUGGACGAGGAAGCUUAAACACUUUGAUUGCUGAUAAAGUUUAUGAAAGAGUGUUUGGACACGCAAAACUCACACUUAUCUUUAUUUAUAGAAAUGAAGCAGAGCUGUUGAUGUCUUGAUAGAUUAUCCUCAGAGGAAAUUGAAACAACAGCUUAAAAGACGAUAAAGAGAAAGAAGUGUUAUGCAGGAGAGGUUUCUGAUCCACAGAUGUCUCAGCAGAUACUCCAAUGAAGGGUGUUCAACAGCAAAUACUCUAAUUUCCUGCCUCAAGCAAAGGCACCACCAGCCUUUGUUUGGUCUAGAAGGUCAUCGCCCACACGCCUGUGAUUGUCGCACAUUCCUUGGGUCACUCUAACAAAGCCUAAAUACACAUUUAUCUUCAUUUUCUAGAUCAAAACACUGCAACAAUUCGAUCCCUCUGGCGUCUGAUUUCUGAAAUUGAUUACGUCUGGAUUGUAGAGCAUUAUGGUGUUAGAUGAUAAGCUGUUCAGCUGACUGGUAAACCUGAUCACUGACAGAGUUGGCAAGGUUUGAUUGAUUAGUGGAUAUUAAAUGAAAUAUUUGCAAAUGACAGUCGUCAAAUCACAGUUUCCUCAUGCAGAACAAGUAAAGUGAAUGGUCCAGGUAGAAAAGGCCAUGCCUCCAUGACGCAACAGAUGAGAUUUAUUUGUCAAAAGUCACUAAGACAUGCAGAAGACACAAGAAUCUAAAUCUACUUUGUCCACGGGGGGCGCCAAAAUCAACACAGAUCAAAAGUUCCUUACAUGAGCUGUUAUAAGUGACGUAUUUCACAAUUCACCCUGAACAGUUGUCUUAAAAAGAGAAAUGAAAUAAAGAGGUCUAAUCUGUAAAGAUGGGUGUUUAUGUUGUGGAAAACAUGGAUGGUAUGCAGCAAAACAACACACAGGAGACAGGAUGAGAUCUGAAGAGCAGCGUGGGCGUCUUUAUUGCACAGAUGUCGAAAUCAGUCCAGAUGUUAUGACCAAAACCAGCAGAGGAGCCUUGAAUGCUCUUCUCCCUCACUUUUAUCCCGUUGAGUGUGUAUCUGAACAUAAUAAGUGUGUGUUACACUGUGUGCUUCCAGAUGUGUGCCUCUAAUGUGUGUAUGUGUGCAUAUGCGUGAGUGUUGCAAGUGGGAGCCAUUUCCUGCCUGGUAUCUGACCCUCCGGGGGUUUUCCAAGGACAUAUCACAUUGUUCCAAAUUUCAACAAAACAUCAGUAUUGCUGGGAAAACAAGUUAACUUUCCCGGCAGUAAUUAGGACCACUUGACUAUUUUGGCAAACUGAGAAGUUCAGGCUCUUGCAAAACAGCCUGCUUAAACAACUUCAAGUGAAGCCAUCCUGACCUACUGAUAAAUCAUAACAAUAUACAUAAUUAAAAAUGUUAAUUUAGGCAUAAUGACAUUCUCCUUCUAAAGAUGGGUGUUUACACAUGACUAGAGCAAGCCUCAUGUGGUCAGAACAGGAACUGCAGCUUUCAGCUCUACUUGUUGCUACUUGUUUAAGGUUAUUUCUACCUGAACAAUAUAUGGUAGAUUUCAUAGAUGCAAAAAGUGCAAAAAUGAACCACCGGAAGACAGAAUCAGUUGGCAGCCUAGGCCUGGACGAUAUAGAAAAAAAGCAUAUCGAUAAAAAAUAAAUCAUAUUGAUCGAUAUCGAUAAUUAUCAAUAUAAUUAUUAUAAUUAUUUAACAUAUAUUUUAAUUGCAGCCCUGGAUGUUUUAUGCUAUUGCUUAAUGACCUGCUUUUAAUAAAGAACACACAAGCACUGAAUUCAAAUUCAAACCUUUAUUCAACCACCUUUUUUUUUUUACCACAACUGAAAGUUUUUUUAAAAAAGAACUUAAAAAAAAAAUAAAUCAACUUAAGUGGCCUGAGUGACGUCAGUAAAUACUGACAAACAUAAAGACUAAAGUGACCAGAAAAUCUGAUAAAUAAAUAUUUAAAUAGUCUUUUGAUGAAAAUAAACAAAACAAACAAAUAUAUAAAUAAACAGAAUAGCUUUAGGUGGGAAUAGCAUACUACCAGUUUUAACUGUGUGGGAAACUGCCCACAGCCUGGUGUCUGAACACUGAAAUAUUUCUUCCGGGGUCGGGAGAUUUAUUUUUUUUAAUUAUCAUGUGAUUGACUUAAUACGCAAACUGAGCACGAGAAGCAGGACUCAUCCACGCCGGUGUUGUGUCGUAGAAUGCACCCCUGCCGAAUGCCCCCCCUGCUAGUAGCCAUGAUCCAAAUACUCGCGUCUUUGUAAAAUAUGAGCUCAUUUCCUUCCACUUUAAGAAGCUAAUGAGUGGACGGGAUGCAGGGGUGCAUUCUACAGCACAACACCGGAACGUAUUUCCUCCGCACCCUUCUCACCUUUUCAACCCCUGACCCAUUUUCAUGCCUGAAGCGCUGUGUUUGAGAAAUACUUGCGGCCGGGCACUUCAUAUCGCGGGUCGAGAGUGGCUAGAAGCUGGUCGAAGCCAGGCUUUUCAACGGUAGUUAUUGGCAGUAUGUCCCUCGCUAUGAAGCAUGUUACUGCAUGGGUGAUGUCCUUAUGCCGCUCGGACGCUUUGUCGUAUUUUGGCAAGAAACGAAGUCCAGUUUGGUCUGCUUCACUUGCUUUGUGCUGGUGCUGGCAGCGGUUCCAGAGGAUUCCUCCGACGAUGACGUGGAGCCGCGGCGCGGCCGACACAGCUCGUACUCCUCGUUACCAGACUUGGUUUUUACUAAUUCUCUGCAAAUUUUGCAAACGACCGCUGUUCGCUUUUUGUCAGACUUCUAAAAACCAAAACAUUGCCAUGCUGGUGAACUACUGAAACCUUUUUUCGGGACAAUGUCCUCCGCUUCUCCUUGCUGUAUCAUUUUUUCUAAUACACGUGCUGUCUGUUGUGGUUUGAUAGGGGCUGGGCUUGGUGCCGUAGCGUACCUGGGUCUGCGUUUGUGAUUGGUUGGGAGGAAGUAAUGACUGUAGUAAAAGCUACAUGAUAGGCUAUGAUGAAAAAGAAAGGGAAACUGUGUUUUUCUAUCGAACUUUUUAUCGACCCGUUUUUUUUCUAUCGCUCCACACGUCUAUCGAUCGAUAUAUAUUGUUAUCGAAUUAUCGUCCAGCACUAUGGCAGCCUCUUGCGGGAUUUAUUGCUGUAGUUAAAGCAUCGACCACAAAGUCAUGACAAUCAGAUGGACAGCAGUAGCCGAAUAAUCCCUCAACAAUUCUCCCUAGAACUCUUUCUUAUAAGAGCUCCAAUGACGUCAGUAGUAGUUAUCUUCCCGUAAGUGUACUUGAUAGCCACCAAUGUGAAUUCCUAUGUAAACAUGUUUUCUCGCUGGCCGGCUCUGCCAUAUUUUCUGUUGAAUUUUGCAUCUACAUCCUGUUUUUCAACACAUUGCAAAACAGGCCAUUAAGUCUGCUCUAGACUCUCUUUGCUCAACUGCUUAUAUUUAUAUUUAUGUAAUUUGCUCCCACAGAUACAGAUACCUUUUUCUGCUCCAUAUGUCCAGAUCAUAGACUGUAUAUAAAAUGGACGGCAUCUGCCUCCUCGUUGGGUAAAGCCACCGCAAGAACAGCACCCUCUGGUGACGGGCUGCAGUAUAGGUCAUAAAUCCUGCCACCUCCAGCAAUCCCUAUGGAGUUGUGGACAAAAAUGUAGACACAGAAUAUAAAAUGUUUCUCCCCCCUGGUUGCAAUGUUGACAUGUAGUUAUUGUAAGACUGGUUUAUGCUUAUUAAGGGGGUUCAUGUUUUCUAUGAUUGACACUUGAUACAGCCUAUGGGCGUAUUAAGAUUGCGUAGCUCACCUGGGGGAUACGCUGUUUAAUCUGAGCAUCAUCACAGGGACUCUCCCGCCGAAUACGUACAACGCCACUGUGCAAAUGGUGAUUCCAGGAAGUGGAGAAAAUCCUGAGAGCAAUUUGGCUUCAAAUUCGUAUAAUGACAGAACCAAGUUGUUCAUAUUAUAUACAGUCUGUGGUCUGGAUCAUUAGAUCAGCAGUUUGCCUGUUUUUCCGACACACAACCCCAUCUGCGUAUUAAUUUCUGUUCCUUGGUUCUGAUCCUAUGGCAGCCUCCUCCUUUUGUCCAUAUCAAAUCCUGGCUUUGAAACAUAAACUUGUGUGAAGCUGGAGGAGGGUGGGGGUGUUUUUGUGUGUUUCAGUAGAAAAGAGAGUGAAAAUGUGACUCACAGAGCUGGUGGCGGGCACAGAGACAGACGGGAAAAAAAGAAAGAGUGUAAUGGCUCUGUACAAGCCCUGAGCUGUAGAGCCAGACCUGUGGUGAUUGGUUUGGACUAUAAUUCCAACAGCCCGUCACUUGCUAAAAUAAACCAACAGAACCGCUGUGGCAGAGGGGAAAUUGCCCUGAAAUGUCACUAUUUGCUGUCAGCGGAGCUCUCUGAACCAGCAGCAGAGGCUUUGAAUAGCUGUGCUGUCCAGGAUUUAAUAAAUGUGCCAUCACUGUAGCGCAAGAAUGUUAAUUUUUCUUCAUUGUUUGCCUUUAUCCUCUCUCUCCAGUGGCUCUGCAGCUGCCAGAGGGCCUGCAAAUGUUUGCCUGUGUCAUCGCCGACAUCAUUGAGAGGUAAGACGGAGAAAGAAAGCUUUUCCUCUUAAAUCAAGGAAGUUAUUUUAAAGUCUACGAGCGAACAGUAGGUGGAGAAGUAAAACCAGCCAUGUAUGAACUCGAACCACAGCAGCAGCUCGGUACUCAUUAGUGGAGCCGGAGCUUUAUCGCAACUCCCCUCCUUCCACUCGAUCAGGGAUCCAGCAGCAAAUGAGACACGAUUAGGUUUAAGGACUGAGGAGAUAUCACAGCCCCGCUUGCUCACGGUUGGAAGAGGGUAGAGAUAUUAUUCUUGUUAAUUACAUCUUGUUUCAGUCUGCAUAUGCCCUAUUGCACACCAGCACUCCAUCACACAGGCACCAAAAAGUUUUUUUGUACCAUCCUGCAGUGAGAAGUGCUCCAAGUAGUUUAUCUUUUCUCCUACUCCCUGCUCUGGCCUGCGCUGUGCUAAAUACACGAUGUGCUUCAGCGCUUUGUAAAUAGAAACAAGUGCCCUGAAAGCUCUUAAUGUGAGCUUAAACUCUACAGCAAAGGAAAAAUCUGGAGUUAUUUCCAUUCUUCUUCCUUGUUGUUGUCUCUGUGGUCUUAUUUCACCUCCGCUUGGCCUCUUUUUCCUCAGGAGUACUGCCUGCUAAGUGUUUUCUCAAAGAACAGCGGCCAUCAUUAAACACCACUCUUGGUAGGUGUUUAGUCGAUAAUAACCUGAUUAAGAGAUGGGCGAGGUGAGGAAUAGAGUGACUGCAGUCGCCAUAAAAUUUGGGGUGUUUGAUUUCACUCGGGAAACUUUGCUCACACCAGUUUGCCUUUUUUAUUUCCUCUCCUUUUUUUAAACACUGAUAUAUUGAUUAACCGUAAAAAAAUUGAAGCUUCGGUCAUCUUCCUGCUCUCUGUUAACUUGUCUAUCAGUCUUUCUCCUUUAUCAUCUCCAUCUUCUUUCUGUCCGUAUCAAACAUCUAUCCCUCUACCAUCCAUCACUCUCUUUCCCGUUUAUUUUUUUUCUACCUUUUUAUCACCAAAAGAGAUGAUAGAGUGAGGUUUUUGAUGAUAAGGUUCGGUCUUAUCAGUCCAGCUGUUAUCACACCGGGAGCUAUAGCCAUUUGCUGCGCGGCGUUUAAACCGCACACCCAUGCAGUCCACAUUUAUACGGUGUCAGUGUCCAUCGCAGAGUCUGUUAAAUCGGCCCCAUCUCCUCUAAUGAGAGCAAUUAGCGGACACUAAUUGCUUUUUCUCACUCACUUCAUACCUCCUCCACUAUCGCUUGUCUCUCUGUAUUUUUCACCCCCACUCUGCCGCUACUGAAGACAUUUCUCCAGCUUCUCCUUCGCUUGGAUCUGUAACAUAGUUCCUCGUAAGCAAUCCUGCAUCUAUCUAUGCUUUCUAACCAUGUAAGUAGUUUUUUUUUGUGGUUCUGGGUUUUUCCAGAGUUAACAGAUGGGUUCUUUGAAUCCUGGAUGAACAUCACAGCCUUUUUGAGAAGUACUGAAUAUCUUCCAUCUGCUGCACAGAAUGACAGGUUGGGUAAAAAAAUAAAAAUUGGAUGACAUCAGCUGAGUUUUAGGAGAAAAUUAAAAAGUUCUUGAUGAACUCUCCCAUGAACCAACAUGAUGGUCACCCAAGAUCGUGCAACCCCAGUUUCAUCUACAGCUGGUAUUUCCAGUUUAUUACAACUUUAGUCUCACUUUGGUGGUUUCCACGUGGGGAUUAUUGGAGCAGUGAACUUGCCAAAAUCAAAAACGUGGAUGCACCACAGUCAGAGUGGAGAAUGUUUUGACGACAUCUAUCGUCUAUCGCUGGGGAAACCGAAUCAUUUAUUUGGGUUCACACUUAGGUUUUCACUCUCAUGUACGGUAAGAUUCUCCAUCUGUAGAGCUUGGCUGUCAUGAGGGAGAACAGAGCUGUGACACUAACAGGCUGUGGAAAAUAAACACAGAAGAGCACAAUAGAGAAAGUGUCUGCUUUAUUUAAGCCGCUACCUAUCCUUCCAAAUAUGCCAGGAGAGGCUCGGAUGUGAUUCUCAGGAUCAGCUAGAGGGAUUACUCAAAAGCGAGAGUGAUGAAGACAAAGGAUGUGCGCGUGUAGUCGACUAAACGGCAGAAUUAAACAAAUAAUCAAUAAUUUUGUUAUUGUAGACCCAAAAGUCUGAACAUAUGAGGUCUCAGCUUUAUUGAAGCCGCCUCCACUUGAACUUGAAGCUCUAGUAGGUGACGACUGCUACAGCACUCUGCUAACAUUUGCAGAUAUUAAAUGGCAUCUCUUAACAACCACUCGGGUAGAGCAGCACAGACAUGUGGAUGGUAACCUGCAGAGAGCCAAAGGUUGGUGGUGCUAGCUCUGCUAUUGUUAGCCACAGUCAUCAAACCAAUCUGACAUUGUUUGCCUGCAGACUCUUUAAAGCAGUGUCAAUAAAUUGUGCUCCAUUUUGACAAAUUUAACUGUUUUCUGUAAAAACUGAGUAUUAAGAAUACACUUCCACGCUCAGAUCACCAAAGAUUGUGAAAUUAGAUGGCUGACCAGUAAGGAUGGGUGAUAAAUUAUCGUACAUGAUAUAUGUCAGAAAAAUCCUCCAUGAUAAAUAUUUGCCAUCUCAUGAUAAAUAGGAUAAAUGCAAGUUAAUGACGUUUUCUUCAUUAGUUUUCUCCAUAACCUACCAUUUAAACUUGUGGUUAAUUAUCUUAUUUGACUGAUCCAACUGGUGUUCUCAAGACAAAAUGAGUCAGGAUCGUCAUCGCCAGAAUGACAAAUCUUAUUGUGAUAAAUUUUUUAGCCCCUAUUGCCCAUCCCUACUGACCAGUAUUUAUACGUCAAAAAGUUGAGCAGAGUGUCGUCUCUGCAGAUGAAAACCCACAUCACCAACCAAAGCGAGAAGUCAACAUUUAAUGGAAGUCCAGUCUCCUCUGACUUAUUACAUGAAGGUAUCAUGACUUGGCGGACUGCAAAUCUUCUUAGCCGUGCUUUGCUUAUGUAAUGGCCACAAGCGCAGCAGCUUAAGUUGAGGACUAAAUCACAUCAUGGAGCUUAAAUUCAAGUUAAAAAAAGUGAGUAGAAGGUCAAAACCAUCUGGUUACUCCUCACACUGUGAUCUUUGAUCCCAAUGUGGGGACCAAAUUAAAGCUUAUGGGAGAAGAAACCCAAGGUCUUGGUUUUAAGUCUGAAUCCCUCCCUGCUGUGACCUGAUAGAUAGUGCCCUGGAAGUCUGUGUAGUCCUGAUAACAAUCUCAACAUAAAGGGCUCCGAAUUUGGCUGAUCCCCUCAAAGCUUUAACCUGCAGGUCUGUUUCUUGGAGUCUAAUCUCCCUCUGGGAUAAAACUGCAUCUGGGGACAAAACCAGGAUGUCCAGUUGAGGUGUCAUGUCACAAGUUUUGUAAACCAGAGAUAUAGGAAAUCAAAAUAAUUCUUGUUUUAUUCUAGAAAAUAUUAAGACAAAUGUUAGAGCAAUGGAAGCAAACAUAGAUGGUGAUUGGAGGGUUGUGUUUGAGGAUGGUGAAAUCAGUAAUCUUUGGAUGAACGCACAGCAGGCAGCUGACCUUGACUCACCCCGUGGAGGGCUACCAGAGGUCGAAGGCUUUGGAUGAUUGUGCCGUCACCAUCCCCGCCAUAGUCCCUUAUAUCGGUGAGACAGGGCUAAGGUCCAUAUCAAAAUGGGGAUGAAAGGCCUAAGCUGGCCUCACAGUAAGGAGCUUCAGCGGGAGGGACUGCUAAGUCCAAAUGAGGACAAUCUGCUCUGAAUUAUGACUGUGCUGCAGUUAAUACAUCCAGGCCAAAAUACACACGCUUUACAUACGCACACUUUUGCAUCACAGAGUACCAUGCUGAGGAGAGUAGGGACUACAUUUCUCUCUUUCUCUUUCCGUCUCUGUUUGUAUUUCUGCCUCUUUAUCACAAACUGAAAGAGAGGGACAUGUUUGUGAACUUAUUCACGAUCAAACAGAACAAUAAACUCCAGCCUCUAAAGUGAGCUUAAAGCGAAAUGCUGAAAACGUCUGACUUUGAAAAAGCAUAAAAGCCAUAAAUGAAUGCAUCAAUCAAACGAGUGUGGGACCUAAUUGCAAAGAGUCACUCGGUAAUUAAUCUUGACCUGAGAACUAUUGACAAAAUCUAAAUGAGAUGCAUUGAGUGGUUAGUGCUUCUCAUCUGAAUUGCCCUCUGUAAUUUCCAUGUACUGACUAGAAUUAAGCCUAGAAGCAGGAGGUGAUUUUAACUGUUUUCACCCUCUACAAAAAUAGAAAAACAGACUGCGCUGUCUUCUGUGAUGGAUGUUAUUGUGGCUGUGAGCAACUCAGGGGAAAGUUUUCAACAACAAUCAGGGAUGAAUUAUGUCCAAUUCUUUGCAUUUUGAGUUGUUUUUUAUCUGGAACACUUUCCCUCAUAAAAAAUUGAAGGUUAUCUUGAUCUAAGACGGCGUAGUGAAGGACUGAAGCUCCUUCAGCCCGAAAAAAAGAAGACUAAACAAUAUUAUUGAUCAGUCAAGAUAUCUGUUGUCUGUUUUGAAACCAAAACAGCUUAUUCGGCCUUUUUACUUUAUCAUUCUAAUACUAGGAAUGGAUAUGAUUAAUUUAUCAUUAAGAAUUAAUCGAUCGCGCAAAAUUUUGAUCGACGUAAUAUUAUUUGAAAAAGGGCUGACAACGUGUGUCCAACCUCCACCAGCUUUCUACCAAAGAUCAACAUUUGCUGAUUGGGAGGGAUACCUGCUUUGUUUAGUUAGUGCGUGUGGGUGUGUUAAAGCAGUGCAGUGAUGAUCACCGUGCAGACAGAUUUUGACAUUUUACAAAGGGGAGUGAUACAGCGUCAGCGGGCUUCCGUAGGAGUAGAAAAAAAACAUGAAGAAAACAAGACCAAGUGUGACGUAGGACCAUUUCGGAAAAGAUGCUGUGUACGGGAACAACACGACAACAACCCCAGUGAUGUACCACUUGAACCACUUUCAUCCGACUUGGGUUAAUGAAUCCUCAGAGUGCUCUCAGUCUCAGCCUACCAUCAGCUCCUUGCUAGCAAGGAAGAACUGUAGGGUGACCAGCUGUCCCCGAUUCUAGAGGACACUCCCCCAAUUUAGAUGACCUGUCCCCGACUAAGGUUGUCCCUGGAAAUGACCCUGAUUUUAGCGUUUCACGAAUGAGAAAAAAACAACAGUUAUCACGGUAGCUGAGUAGGAAGCACGAGUGAGCAUGUAGCACGCAGUCUUUAACAACAGUUAUGGAAUUUCUAUUUGGAAAAACAUGUUUUUUGCCGUAUUUUCUGCCAUUCACAUGAAAAAACGAUCAAAUCAAUGAUUGAUCAUUAUUUUAUAAGGUUAAUCAAUCGAGGGGCUUUCUUAAAAUGCCCAUUUCUAGCUAAUACAUCUUUAACCCACUUUAAUCUCACGCUGAUACGGUGAAUGUUAAUAAAGAUGAUAUACUUUAUUAAAACAGGAUCUUGUCCAAGUCGCUUUGAAUUCAAUAUAUUGAGGAAUUCAUGUUUUCGUUACAGUCCAUAAUUUCCUGUAUGCCACACUGCCACAUGGAGACAUUGUUUUUUAAUUCAUUUUCAGCAGGCUGUAGAAGCUGGAGCGUUUUAAGGUCGGAGCCAACUUUUAUAGUACAUCGGUUCGCACACUAAACUCCUCGGGUGACACCGUAUGUAAAGCAGCAGUCCAUUUAUCACAGCGAUAUUGUCCUUUUAUCUGUUAUUCUCUGUGCGUUUUCAUUUUGUUAUUUCUUUCCCUUUGUUGACAUUGUAAGAGAAAUUUCAAAGACUUAUGAACUCUGCUUGCACAAAUAAAAGCAAAGGAGAAAAAGCUUUCAGAAUAAAACAAAGAAUUUGUAACUUGUGCAGGCAGGCAAUGAUGCAUGUGCUGUCACUGCACCAUAUGCUUUAUUGCCUUUGAUGGUAUGCCAGCUGUCUGCUUCGAGCUUUGAAAGAUACUUUUAUGAACUUCCUUCAAUAUUUACUGCUGCCGCUGCCUUUGUGACAGGGAAGAAAUAAAAAAAGCAGGAAGCAGGGCGUGUGGGGCUGUCACCGUGUCCUAAUCCUGGGGACAGCGCUCGCAUUUAAUGUUCCGUCUCCCUCUGUGCCCUCCUGGCUUGAAAAACCCCAAGCCCUCUACAUGGAGAUGUUUGCCAGCAACCUAAUCCGAGGUCUUGUACUCCCAGGCUUGUUGGGUAAAUGACAAAUUUGCUGAGCACGCAAGGCCAAAAAGGCGCCUGUUUUUGAGUUGGAUAAAAAGACGAUGGUGAAAACUGAGACAUCACUUUCCCAGGGUGAAAAGAAGUCCUCUGGGUAGCCUGAGGAAACAAAUCAGUGUCUCUGAACUGCUUCUGUUAUCUGUUACCAAAUCCUGAACUCUUUAUGCCAACAAGGACAAACUAAUACAAGACAUAACUACUUGUAUUUUUUUUUUUUUAUUUCAGUUUUAACAUCUUUAAGGACAUUACAAAAUGAACUCACUCACGCCCCCCACCUCGAACUUGUGCGAGUAAUUAAAGGUCCCGACUCUUGUCCGUAUAGAUAGACUUCAUUCAGUGAUUAAAGCAACUAUUAUACUAAGAUUAACUUGAGUUUUAUUGUAUAUAGAAUGAACAUUGAAUGCUCUGAGCAAGCUGUAAUAAACAUGGAACAACUUUUCUUCUUUUUUCCGUCUACCAUAUCUGCCCAAAAUCCGAGGAAUUUCCAAACUGAGCCUCCAAAUUUCAUUGGAGUCCAGACCAUCUCUCUCUGCAUGUGCCACGGAUGGUUUUUGCAGCUCCUGUGACCUGUCCCUUACCCAUCGUUACAGUGCGGUCACUCGCAAAGCAGCCACUGUUUUUUUAUUGUAUUUUUUCCCCUUCCAGUUUUUUCCUGCUUUUUAUUUGAUAGUCGAAUAUUAAUUUUCAUAUUCGAAUCGCGUUUUUGUUUUAACAUAUUCAAAUAUAUAUUCAAAUUUAGAAUAUUCAUUGACAGCCUCAUUGAACACAUAUCACAGGUAUUUCUGAUGAUGGAGGGUCCAUAUCACACCUGCACACAAUGUCACGUGUCUUGAUUUCCUUGUCGUUCCAACAGAAAUUUGAACCCUGAUCAGCCACUUGGUCUAAAUGUGAGGAAACACUCGGUGAGCAGUCCAGUUACACACAGGAUCACAAAAACACAGAAUUCUCAGUUAACAAUUGAGAUUAUGGAAUGUGGCAAUGAGCGAGCACCACCAGCCUUAAAGUCUUCUUGCAGGUUAUUGUCCACAUUCCUGCACCGGUUAUGUAUCAAUCCUGUCAAAUGCUUUAUUUCCGUUCAGACCAACAGCCUUCAUACAGCUUUUUCUCAGUUUUCUAGAUCCAAAUACUGGGAUGCCAUAUGCCAUCUGCGCUUGUCUAAAUCUAGAUAGGAAACCCAUGAGUCAAAAAUAUAUAUUAUGGUGAUCAACGCCUUGAAAUUCACCGGCAAAAAACAGUAAACACAGAGUUGGAGGGAAAAUUACCCACUCAAACAGAGAGUGAGAGAACUCCCAAGCGUAUGAAUGGUCGUGAAAGUUUUGACUGCCGCUAGAUUAUUUUCCUUAUUUGGCAGUCGCUCUGAACACAUUCACCAGUUACCAAUUCCUGUUAUUUCAAGUGUUUGUUUGUUUUUUUCUGCAGAAUAACAGUCAGCAAAAAUACAUCCGGUCUGAUCACACUCUAUUAUAAUGAAGCCCACGUUUCUGAUAAAAAUAGACCAAAGAACAGGAAGGAAGUUCUUCCGUAAAAGGCGCAUAAAUAAAGAUAAAGCAGCGAUUGAGUCUAGGCUUUUACAGAGAAGGCCAAACAGGCUUGGCAUUGAGUUUAAAGAGAUGAGUCAGUGAUUUGUACUUAGCACAGAAAUAAACGGUGUCUAAGAUCCGGAUACUGAAUUUAGGAGUGACUAGAAAUAACCUGAUGAUAAGAGUGAAUGAGGUAAAAAAGGGAAAGAUUGUCCUUCAACACCUAGCAGUUGAUUACUCUGAAGUGACACAAGCUGGUUUACAGUCAGAGUUUUUCAUCAAAUAUCUGAUCGAGUUGGGAUAUUUUUCUGUAAUAACUUUGAUGAAGACGCUCAUAUUUCUUAAAGUCCAAGUCUAAUGACUUUGUUUUACGGCUGACUUCUCCAGUAGGUCAAACCACUUAAUGAAUAACUAUAAAACUACAGAUAUUCACAGAUUUUAGAGGAUAAUCCUAUUUGACUUUGAUCCCCCCACUUCCUCAAAGGAACGCCAUUAAGUUUGCACUUGAUGAAAUUAUUCUGAGUGUUGGAUAACUCGCCACAAGAUUUGAAGUACACAUUUCUGUUUUCCUCAAAAUGAACCAUGAUGCUCAGAUCUUUAUCCGUCAAUAAGGAGUACACGGGGGCCAGGAUCAGAGAACCAAUCAGAAAGGAAAGCUGGCAUGAAGAGACUUGGGUCUGAAAUGCUCUUUGUCAGCCAUCCUGGAUAGGGAUGGGAAUCGAGAACCAGUUCUUGUUGAGAACCAGUUCCUAAUUGUUCAAUCCAUCUACAUCGUUUACAUUUUAUCUCAACGAUCCCCCCCAACCUACGCGACCGAGAUCAGAAACUUUGAGGAAAAAAACACAGCGGCCUGUCCGGGGUUUUGUAUGGAAGUGUUGAGUUUGUGUAGCAUGAACUGAGUAAGAAGUGCUUAAAAAAAACACUUGACCCGACCCAAAAAACCCUCAAAAUCUUUGUGCACGACUCCGCCCCGUGUAGUAAUGUCCUUGUUUGGGCGAUCCAUAAUAUGGUCACCCUAAUUUGACUUAAUACGGACCGAAGGAAAUGCUGUAAAAAUAGUUUGUUUGGUUAUUUUUAGAUUCUCACUGAAGGUGGCGUACAUCUUUUUCUGUUAUCAGAGACUCAAUAUAAUUUGGAGUUAAUGGUGAAAACCUAUAAAAGUAAGGCAUUGAUAAAGGAAUCAUUAAAGAAUUGAAUCGAUGAGCAGAAUCGAUAAUGGCAUAGAUAUCGAUAAAAUCUUAUCAAUUCCCAUCCCUAAUCCUGGACAAGUUGUCCUCUUGUUUGUAAGAUGCACUGACACUUUGAUGGAGAACUUCACUUGGAGUCUCACUGACAUACUCUCCGACUUGUUUUCCAUUCGUUAAUAUAUUUUACAACCCAAACCACCCCUCAAAAUCUGCCUCCUGUAGUUAAAGUAAGAGUCAUGACACAUGCAGUGUGUUGGUAAAUUAGGGUACAGUAUGCACACCAGGUCCCCAGACAUCUCCAGGUGCUUCGGCGUGGCUGUUUCCAUCCAUCAGAGUAGAUUCUUCUAUUCUUCAUAUUCGGUAUGGCAGGUUGAAUCAUUUCAGUGGGAGCAGCAGCCACAGCCCACAGCCUCCCAGGGUAAAUGUCAACUCUCCCAUUAGGAGGGAGCCUGGAAGGAGCCUCUGACGCCUUCUUGCCCUCACAGCAUCACAGUCUUCCCUGCGCCCACAGCACAGCUGAGCUGUAGCAGCAGAUCUGGGUGUUAGUGAUUGAGGGAAUGUGUCGGUAUCCCAGCACGUACUGUAAUAUAUACGUAUGUGCAUAUGUGCCCCAUCGUUGUGUGCUGCUUCAUACUUCUGUUUGCUCUUUAGCUGUUUGAGAUUCUCAUAUAUAUGAAGUAAAGGACAGUAUAGAAAGGGGAAAUAGGUUCCUGUGUUCCUUCAGAGCAUCAUUUGGCAACCUGUUUUUUUUUUUUUACAACCCAUAUGGUGUCUGGUUACAAAUUAUUCAGGUUGUCAAAGCAAUUAAUGCUCCAGGGUUUUCGUUUGACAGCCAUCUUAAAUCAACAUCCGUAGAAGAAGUGAAAAGUAGGACUUAAGAAACCCAAGCCGAGGUGUCUUGUACUUUUUUCUUGGCUACCAUCCAUGCGGAGAGAUAGCACUAGCUGUAAGAAAAUUUCUGCAGUAUAGCUUUGACUCAGAGACGUACAAAAUCUCCAAAAUCAGCUCAUGAAAGGAUCUUUAUUUUAUAAUCCUUAUUCCGAAAGAAAAGUUAAAAUGAACCUAAUAUCCGAAUUAGAGAUUCAACAUCAAAUGGCUCCCUAGAUAGAGCCAUGUGAUGUUUAAUGAGGUUUCCUGUCAGGCUCAACCUCACAGCCCACCUGGAGCGCAUGAUGAACUUCAAUGAUACCUCAUCACCAGAGACAACCUGUAAAAACCCUAAAGAGACCUGCCAGCAUAGGUCAGGACAUGUAGAAAUGCUCCAAGACUUGAUGAUGAUACAGGAGCACAGUGUCCUUUUCCAAAUUUGCUUUUAUUAGAGAGGAGAAUCUCGUCUGAAUAGCUUUCUGCUGUUACUCAUAGCAUAGCGGGAAGUGAGUUUUGUUGAUGUGAUUUUUCCAGGUUUAUAAAUCUGGAAUAAUCUGGAUUCCCAAAACUGAGAAGUCAAUGCGUGAGACUGAUCUUCUCUACAAGGAUGUUGGUGUUCAGCUUGAACUCAGCCUGUUGGAUCAUGUGAUAAUGUAAUGAUAUUAAAAUCUCAUAAGAUGAUAAUGCUGCAAUAACAAGGCCGCAGUUUUAUUGUGAGAGUUAAAAAAAUAGCUCUAAGUUGCUUAUAAAGUCCAUCCAUCUGUGGUGAGUGAGAUACACUCUGCUUGUUGUUUGGUGGUAAUAGUGACACUGUAGCUCCAGCAUGUCAUCUAACCUUCUGAAUCCGUCCUUGUCAACCACAGAAAACGGCCGUGGGCCGUCGGAUACACAUUCAGCAGUACGUCUUUAUUUAUUUUGGGGAAGUUAAGCUGCAAAAUCAUGUGGUUUGCAUUCAGCAUUGAGCAGUUUCUCUGCAGAUGUGUAGCUCUCUCCAAUUCUGCAUGUUACUUGUGCUCAGCCUUUUCUCCUUUCUCAGUGUUGCUAGUUUGCUGCAGUUCGCCAACUUUAUAUUGAAACAGGCUCUCCAUGAGGUUUAUAUAAUUUGAUAUAUUCCCAUGCAUUUGUAAUGCAUGAUCAAGGGGGGAAAGCUGUCAAAAGGUAUGACAAGCCUGGAUGAAGUCGCUUUGUAUGUGGCAUACUUUGCACAGUGAAGUGGCUGCUUACUUAUUUGAGCGCCAUCUUCUGGGUAAGUGCCGUAUCACAAUAGUAUACAUUUCUCUUCUUAUUUUACUGGUGUAUUGACCACGCUGGUGUAUAAUGUCCAAAAAAAUACUAAAAUACAUUGAAUUCUAUUUUAGCUUGUUCUUUAUGUGACAAUAAGAAUGAUACUAAGAUAAAAAUGCAGAAAAGAUGUAAAAUAGUGGGGAAAAAAGAUCCCCUGAAAUAUUAAAAAAUUAUGUUUUUUGCUUCUCCAUUUUCAGGAGACGUAUCCCAGAUCCUCAGCUGUAAUAAGUAUACCUGCGCUUGGGGGUCAUAAUUGGUCCAAUUUAAUAAAACCAACUCUUAGGCAAACAGAUGUAUCUCAGAAUGCAGGUUGUGAUCCGUUGUUUUGUCAGGUUGUGUAAGGGGUUAUAAAUACUAAAUGGGUUAUGACAGUGUGAAGUGGAUCAGCCACCACCACUAUUUUUUUUUUUUUUUUUUGCCCCGAAGACAAAAGUGUGAAUGACCACCAGUAUGCUGUUUAUCAUCUGCCUACUAUCUCAUGUUCAGGCAGGCUGCAGUCCCUGAUGGGCGCUGACACUGUGUCAUGUGAUAUAGCGGCUGAUAACACCUUUGAAAUUGUCUGAGCCGUCAUGAAAUUACAUUUGAUUCAAUCUGAAGAUACAGUAAAAGAAAAAAAAAAAAGGUCACCAGAGCAAGACUGGGCAAGCAAGAUGGGGGCUUUGAGAGGACUUUGUGGUCUGGCCUUUGACUUUUAAACAUGUUAUGGUGCUAAUGAGUGCAUGUGGUAAAGGCAGGGGUUCGCAUUAGUUCAGUAAAUGUAGAGUAAUGAUACAAACAGACUCCCCCUCCUCUCAGCUGUUCUUAGAAAAGAUAACCAAUGCUCAGUACUGGAGGCUCAUGUCCUUUCUCCCCCCUCUCUUCUGCGUCCAUCACAACCUCUCAGAUCGACCAUAACCUCCCUCACUUUGAAUGGCACUCUUCCAGACACAUGACCAUGCACAUGCACUCAGACAGAGCUGUGAAAUAUAUUAUGCACAGCCUGGAAUAAAACGAUUGGAUGACUAUUGCAAAUAUUUGAAAAAUGUCCUUUCACAGUUACUCAGUUGGCGCUGCUGAGGCGGUUGAAGGACACAGAUUGGGAAUGCACAAAUUGGAAAGAAUGAAAACAAAGUACAAAAACUCAAAAGCAUAUUUGAAGCUCAACAAAUGAAUUCCUUGCUUUGGAUGAACAUUUGGAAUAAUGAUGCAGUGUUUGAAGCAUCUUUGUGUGUGGUCAAUCCAGCCGAGCCGUCUUUUAUCAUGAAACAGCUCAAAUAUGGACAUCAUUUCUGUCAUACUUUCUCAUAUUUAGACAUAAUUUGAUCAAUCAUAUGGAUUAUGUGCCGUAAAGAUAUGCGAGCUCCCUACCAAUAGAAGAAGAGACCAAACAGCUGCUCUUAAGGUUGCCCCUUUUUUAGACUGAGGAUAAAUGAAGGACAACUCAAUCUGUCGGACCCACCCUGAUUCAUCGAGCUCUAAUACUAAUCUUAAUGAGGGGGCGGUCCCAAAAAUUAAGCCUGAGCUGUAAUGAUAGACAGCAGCACAGAGAAAUCAUGACAAGUAGCAGAAGAAGAGCAGAAUGGAGCCCGAAAGCUGUUGAAAAUGAAGAGAAGGGGGAAGAGACUGUGAAAUGACUUGAGGGAGCCGCCUGACAGGCGAAGAAGAAGGACCUCAGGGAUGAAUGAAAGUGGGAUUAGAAAGAUCUGACCUCAUCAAUCAAUAUAAGGAAAGGUUUUUAUAUUAUUGUCCAGACUUCACUGAGGCUAUAAAAGACAGUGAUCUACAGCAUUUUAUAAAGAUUGUUUCCAAAGCUGAAAUGAGUACAUGCUGCCUGUCAACAAUUUUUUAUAAAACUCGAUCAUAGUGUUAUUUUUGAGUUGUUUAUUUCAAAUCAAAUAAGUCAUUUUUGCCGAAUAGGUUUGUAGGUUUUGAUAAGAAUAAUUUUCUUUAAUUUGUAUUAUAAGGUCAUCCCUGUAAAUGACCGGACUUCCAUUAGGUAACCGUCAUCAGCUGACUUUUAAUUUGGUUUUAAUGAUCUUACAUUAAGCCUUGCUGGUUACCAUUAGCCCAAGGGUUGACACUUUCCAGUCAGCUGGUCAAUUAGUUUGUUAAUGAGCUCUUGUCCUAUCAAAAUCUCAUUGGUUUGACAAUAAUACAUGUUAAUACAUUAAUGGGAAAAAGGAGCUAAAUUCAUUAUUUACAGGAGCGGGAGGAAGACCUGGUUUUAUCUUUAAGAGAUAUGGUGUAAGAAAACAAAACAAAACACUAACAAAACGUAUUUUACUCUGGCUGUAUCUUUGUUUUGUGCCAUUGUGCCAAGAACCAAAGGCUCCACCCUUAUACCUUUGUGGACCCAACAUAUGCUGCGUUCCAGUUACCUCGGAAGUCGGAUGUCGGAGCUGGGAAUGACGUUACACCCGAGUCAAUGGCGUUCUACUAAACAAGAUGGACACCUACUGUUAGCCAUUGUUAGCUGUUGUUAACUAUUGUCAGUUGCCGUUAGCUGUUGUCAGUUGGUGUUAGCUGUUGUCAGCUCUUGUUAGUUUAUAACAGUAUUUUACUCUUAUGAACACCAUAGCAACGUGUUCACAUGGCAGUACAACAUAUACCAUUUAUUUAAUUUCACAAAAACAAAACAGAAGUGCUUAUAAAUAAUACAUUACAAGAGCUUUCACUGUUACUCUUUACUGUUGAUGCACUGCGCUGCCAUCUUGGAUUAUGACGUUGUCGUCAAGUUGGGGUUGGUGAGGAUCGUCCGACUUUUCGAGGGGUGUUCCAGGUGAAUUUCCAACUCGAAGCUCUGAAAUCCUGGUUUCCGAGUACAACUACAGCGCAGCAUUAGAACAGAAACGAGCCCUCUGUAGUGAAGUUGGUCUUCUCUGAGUCAGAGGGUUGGGGGUUUUAGUCUGACCGUCCUUGGCAAAGACUCUUGACCCCAAACUGGCCUUGGUAGCAGAGUCAGUGGCAUCUAAAUGGAAUAAGUGCCUUACAUAACAGGCUCUGCCACCAAUGUAUGACCGUGGGGUAAAUGGGUGAAUAUGACAUGUCAGGGGUCUGAAGCAAGCCUUUCAUAAAAUACAAUCCAUUUAUCGUUUUCAGCCCACCGGGAAAACAGAGAAUCCUAGUCUUCCCUCUUCUUCAAAGAGAGAGAGAGAGAGAGAGAGAAAAAAAGCUGUCAUCCGUCUUAUUCAGUUUCAUUAACUGCUAAAUGCGUCAUCAAGUUUCACAGGUACACACGCUGUCUGUUAAUGAACAUUGGGUUGUGAGAACUUUUAAGCUAAAAUCAUGCAAAAAAACAAAAAAAGAACAACAACAAUGAGCUGAACUGAAACGAUGUUCAAAACGCUCCAUUAGCUGGAAGGGAUCGACCGAGUCAUGCACAAAAUAUAUGGGGGGUUCUCGCCAAAAAAACAGCCUCUUCUCUGUUGCACAUAAAAAUUCAGUCCUUUGUUGUUAAAAAAAAUAUUGAUUAUGCAAGCUUCAAGCUAAAGCCUUUUUUUGCUUUUUAUUCUUGCUUAUUUAGUUAUGAAUAUUUAAUGUUGUUGGAGCUUUAAAGUAGUCCCUUAAAACAGUAUUCACAUGUGGGCUUUCUAUGACCCCCUAUGGUGUGAUUAAUCUACUUUAGGCUAUGCAAAUGAUUAAUAAAACUACAUCCACAAGGAUGCUUUAAUGUUGCGUCCCUGUGGGGUUACAGUAACAUUGGAUACCCGUUAUCUUUCCUCUUUAACCUCUUAUCCUGAUUUCUGUCUUCACAAUCUCUCACAUCUGAUAGCCACAGAUCAUUACUAUUAUUUUGAGAGAUAAGGUCUGUUUCUGGUUGUAGGCCGUGCUCCGAGUCUUCACCUCCUCAAGCAGUAUCGGCCGUGUUCUCUGCUGCCAUAUCAUCAUUUUUGUCUUGUUGUGUAAAUUGGAUUGGAGCUCUUUUAAAGGGAGCUUUUCAUGCCGCACAGUUCAGAGCUCUAUCUUGAUAAAGCUGUAGGCUUUUCCAUAAUGACCCAUGGCUCAAGCGUUUGAACAAACGCCAUGACAAAUAGACGGGAUACACUCGCAGAAAUAGCAGUAAUGAUCUUGUUUUUCAGGGAGUUAAAGGAUUAUCUAAUGGUAUUACCGAAAACAUCUGUCUGAGCAUCAACUGGCGCCCGCUGCCUCGCGUCUCUGUGUUUACACUUUCCUGGCAGAUGUUCAACGACCGCCGUUAGAGUGUCGUAUUUUACAGGAGAGGUUUGUCCCUCGAUUUUCUCUGUGGGAAUCAGUCGACCAUGGAUUCCCGUGUCAACAUUAAAGUGAGUUACAUCGAAAAAGGCAAGGGAAGGGUGUCAAGAUAUCCAGAAAGAGGAGAGAUGAUUUCAUCCUACUGCCCAGUGCCACAUGCCAAGUGUAUUUUUAGAUAGGAGCAUUUGUUGGGAUGUUUUCUGUUAUAUAUGCAGAAAGCAGAUUACAAAUAUCAGAUUUGUUACUAUUAUGAGCUCAUGUGCCUUAUGUUGCCUCUCUCCUCUCGUCGUCGUCAUCAUCACCUCUUUUCUCUUUCUAUCUCUGCCUCAGUCUGUCUCCAUUUGUCGAGCGAGCGCCUCUCGUGCCCUCCGUCCUUUUCUUCGACUCACGUGUUCUGUUGUCGUGCUCCCACUCAACGUUUUUACUCUUCCUCUGAACUUAAAUUUAUUUGGGGUUAAGUGUUUUUCUCUCCUUUUUUUACCUUACCUGAACCGGUCAGGAAAUGAUGGCAGCACAUGUCUGUUUCUCUUCCCAGCCACUUUUGGAAGAAGCCUACUUUCCUGGGCCGAUGUGCCCAGCCCCGCGCCAAAGCCCACUCAAACAGACACACAAUGUCUCAGCAGGGGAGCUGGUGUUAGAAAUGUAAUGGAAUAAAAGAUGAGCUUUCAGCAGACAUGGGGAAUAAUUCACACAUGCAUUCUGUGUACUGAGGGAGCUGAGCCUCUGCCCUGAGCCGGCGCAUGGCCUGACUUGGUGUGCAAACGCGCCACAUAUGCUCAUUUGAGCUGUCUGCCCACAGCGUAUCAAUGGCAACUUUGCAAAAACAGCGCCGCUGCACCUGUGCCCACCUCCCUGACCUGCUUGUCAUUUUGUCUCCUGUGAGACCAGUCUGCUACCUCGACUAUUAUUAGACUUUGAAUGUAAAAAAAAUCUCACCAGCAGCAGUCAAACAGACAGACAACCAACUGUGGAGUGUGCCGCAACCUUCCUCUCCCACAGCAGGGAGACACGGUAACAAUACCGACUUUUCUUAGAGCUGCUCUUCAUUAAUCCUUCCUGUCUAUAUAUUCACCUCACCCCGGUCAUUCAGGGAGAAUCACUCCAGACUAAAUUCAUUUGAAACAUUCAUUUUAAACGCACAGUUGCGUAGGCAAUCAUGAGAUUCUCAAGAGCAGAAAAACUGCUGCUUUGCCCCCCCGUUAAUCCCUCCGCCCGUUUAUUUUCUCCUGCUGCACAAUGAUUCAUUCAUUCACAUCAUUCAAAUGUAUGCGCACAAACAUGCACAAAGGCAGUUUAGUGCGUCUGUUUGUGUUAUGGCUUACAGCUAGUCGUUUUUUUUCUAAGUAAAUCAACACAUUUAAACAGUGUUUUUCUCUCUUUUGUGAAGUCUUUGCCUCAAAUUGUGGCGCUCUUUUGUUACCGUGACUGCUCUAUAAUAACAGUCAAGGUAAAGCUGCCUGACAGGCUAACAUUAAGAAUAUGUCUAGUAAUGAGAAAUCACCUUUCAUGUCAGAUUUCUUUGGCUUUUUGCACCACACUCACCUCUCUUUUUGUGUCUUAAAUAUUAGAUCUGAAAUCUCCUAAGGACUGCCAAUAAAACGAUGUACUCGAGUCCCAGAAUAAAUGCAGUAGUUAAACUUUAAACCGUCCAGGUCAGCCAAGCUUUUCAUAUUUUCAUGCAAAACUUUAGAAUAUCUCUGCCCUAUAUACCAGAAACUUUGUCUAAAGACAUUUUUUAUUGAGACAUCUGUUUCAUUUCGAGCUUCAAGCAACAGCAGAGACGAUUGUUUGAAGAAGAGCCAACUGGAUCAGAGGAGCUCCAGAUCUUUUGGAAACUUCUGACACUCCUCAUUAUAUCGUAAAUAGGCUCAGGAGCAGCUAAAGGGAUAAUCUAACCGAGCCCACACAAGUUUGGCACAUCAGAAUCUCUUUAUUUGGGGAGAUCAUGCCUUAAUACCGUGCUGUGGCAGAGAGGGAGAGCUAAAGGUAGACAAGAUGCUCAGUGAGAGGCUCUGAACACAUCAAGAGAAGCUGUCUGGGGCUGUGGUUGGUAUAAAGAGAGUAAAGGGAGAAGAAGAAGAAGAAAAAACUCAUAGAAGAGGUAAAGAUGUGCACAUUAUAAUGCGGAGUGACAGCUUUGAAAAUAAACAGUCCCAUUCUCUGAGUUAUGCUGCAAAAACUAUUGACUUUCAAUUACUAAGCUGUUGAAAUAGUUUCUAGAGAUGCUCGUAUUAAGAGGCUUUGCCAGGUAUUUGCUGAGACUGGAACCCUCUCAUUUGUAUUGAGGUCUAGUCUCACCCAAUUUGCAUAUCCAUCUAUUCACCAUGUAUUACCCUCUUUCUUUAUAAUCAGCAAAUACCUGCUGAUACCCACUGAUAGAAGCACCUCUCUGACUGUUUCAGCAUCAGAUCUGGAUUGUAGACCAGAAUGUGGGAGAAGUUUGAGGCGUUGGCUUGGCCUCCAAAAUCCCCAGAUCUCAGUAGGGCUGGGCGAUAUGGCCUCAAAUCAAUAUCACGAUAUAUUGAGCAGUUCACCUCGAUAUCCAUGCAUGGACGAUAACUACUCCACAAACUGCUCACCCCUUCCACAUUAACUUUGUCUACUUUAGCUGCUACAACUUUUGAACCGUCCUCCAUCUCCUCACCAGUCUGUUCUUCUUUGUGAUGGUUGGAUGGGGUGGAGUCAUGUCACCGACGUAGGACAGGGUCUUAUAGGGACAUGAGUCCAUAGCCUACCUACACACAUCCAAAACCAUCUUUUAUUUAUUUAUUUUUUUGAAACCGGAUAUACCGAUAUGGGCAAAAUGACAUUAGUUAUUGUCUUAAAUUUCGGUAUCUGUAAAUUUUUGGUUUAUCGUCCCACCCUAGUGGACCUCUACUGUUUGUACCGAGGUCUAGUCUCACCCAAUUUGCAUAACCACCCAUUCACCAUGCAUAAACCUCUUUCUUUAUAAUCAUCAAAUACCUGGUGAUGCCCGCUGAUACAUAAAACAGACAGUUUUAGCAUCAGAUCUGGAGAAGUCUGAGGUGUUUGCUUGGCCUCCAAAAACCCCAGGUCUCAGUCUAACCAAGCAUCUGUAUGAGCUGGUCAACUCGAGGUCUAGCGGUUUAUAGAUCCAGUUAGGUCAAGACAGGGGAUCCAUCAUUAUAAUAAUGGACAGGUUCUCAUGGCUGACCUAGUACAUCCUACAGAACUGAAAUAACAUGCUAGGAGUGCUUAAUGUGUGACGAGACACACAGUGUAUCACACAAAUGUUACCCUGAGGAGGCUGGUAUUCUCACAUGCACCGAGGUGGAGGCUGGGAAAAAUACAGGAUAGCUUCACAAUCCAUCAGCAUUGACACUUUCACCAUCCUGCUCGGCAAUUUAGAGGCACAAAACGAUUUUGCAUGUAUUUGAAGUAUGAGAGAAAACUCAGGGCCACUGGAGGAAACCCACACACCCACAGGGAGGACAUGCAAACUUAGUAUAGAAAGAGCUUCAGUCGAAGAUUAGAAGCAGAACUGUCUCUUGUGAGAGGACAGAGCUAUCUUACCACCGGACUAUUCUGCUGCCUGAAUCACCUGCGAUUGGUAGUUGCCCGUUUGCCCUGUUACAGCUUCACAUAACUUAAUAACAGAUGGCUAAUAUUCCAGAGGUACCAUAAAAGUAGCGUAACAUCCAUCAUUAACAUCAGAGGAUGGAAAUCUCUAAAAGCAGGCAAGCUUGGGAGAAGCACAGCACACAUUUUCUUGCCCAUUUUUCACUUUUCUCGCAAAGUUACUGCAGAACAAAAUCAAUUAGAGGGAAGAAAAGUGAAUGUGAAAUUAGAGAAUUAUAUUAAACCACCAGAUGUAGCAGAUGACUGUGAAAGGUUCAGUUAUUCCCAGUGUUUUUGGCUUGACGGCAGCCACCCUCACUUGCCAAGCAACGGCAUAAACGCAUGACAGGCAGCAUUAAUGCAGUUUGUGAGAGUAAGUCGUUCUUUGUUAGCGGCUUGAUUGCACUCAGAACAUCAGGUAAGGGGUUGUUUCUGACUUUUCCUGCGGGAACGUAUCAGCUGCAUUACCAUCCUCGAUAAAACUAAGACACUUAGCUGCUUUUCCAUAACAGCAGAGAUGAAAUGGAAUAUUUUAGAGUCCAACCAAAAUCAAAGCCACAAAAAGCGAUUGCAACCAUUUAAACGGCACAGCAGAAACUGUUGCUUGGAGCCAAUUUAAUAUUGAGAGUUUUAGGAGUUUGUCAUGCUGGUUUUAAUAAUUUGUUUGUUACUAUUCCAUUCGGUGUCCAAAUAUUUGUGCUCUUUGGUCUGUUUCAUCCGCAAGAAGCUGAUUUGUCAUAAUAGCUGACAAUUUAAGUCCCAGCUAGUCACCAGUAAUGAUUAUGUUGAUGGCUCAGAGUGAGAUAAAUCAUGACUUGCAGUUUUAUUAAUUCGUCAAACCUCUUACGAUGACAAAGUCUCGGCCUAUGCAUCAUCAGCAUUGCUACCUUUUCUAUAAAUGCUUGUCAGAGUAUGUUACAUAAUGCUUUAAAUGCUGUAAGUCUAACGCAUUGAUAUAGAGUUCAGUUUUGUUGUUAAAGUCAAGGACUGACAUUUUCCAGGCAUGAAUGUUUGAGAUAUAUAAAUGUGAAGCACCAUUAUUUAAAAUUCAGUCACCUCGCUUAAGGAACAGAAAAUAAGCUGCCAACUGAAGUGAUCCUCGGAGUGAACCUUAUUUACACACUUUUCAUAAAAUCGGUUUAAUUUUGCCUGUAAAAUAAUUAGUAGAGAUAAUGUCAUCGAUGGAAAUGUCUGUCUUUGAUAUUCAGAAAGUUUAAUAUUUAAACUAGAGAUGCAAGAUUUUUGAGCUAUUGAAUUUAAUCAAUUAUAACCUGCCCUGGAGGUGAAGUGAGCACAGAUGGAUUUUUGCUGAUAUUGUACAUUUUGUCUUUUUUACUUCAACAAAAAAAUACUAAAUCUAUUUUCUUAACUUGUUAUUGAAAUACUGUUUUUCCGCCUAAUUAGGAAAGUUUUCUCAAGAACUUCAAAUUCUGCAUCUUAGGAAGUUUUUAAAGAACUAACCACAGCCUUUCUUUAUUUACGUAAUAAUAACCACUGAUAAGUGUUUUCAAAAGCAAGAAAAUACGUCUGAGUGUCAGUGCGAAAAUGACCUUCUACUACUUCCCUCAUCCCCAAUAUCUCAGCCUUGAAUAAAUCACAAUGCAGAGAGAAAGUGGGAGCCUGUUAAAACCAAGUCCUGCAAUUUUCAUCAACAGCCGAGUGUCAUCUGCAAAGAGUUGACUUUUGAGCGCUGAUGGGAUGUUUCAAGGCAGGGGGGAGUUUUCUAUUCUCUUUGUCUCGCGCAGUGUUGAAGCUGCAAAGCGCCGAAGCCAACAAGUUUCUCUUUUAUGCAGACAUGAGAAGAAAUUCCUGUCUAAGUCAGAAAAGUUUGUCAUCUCCGGAGAAUGGGACCAGACAGAUUAAUCUGCUUUUAGAAGAACAGUAGCGGAGGGGAGACGGAUGCUAUUAAUACGAAAGGUAUCAGCUGCUUCACCUGCUGAUGAAAAGUGAUACAAUCAGCUGGCACUGAACGCACUCAUGCUGCGCUAUAACCCACCAGAACUAUAUAGCACAUCCUGUUCCUUUCUUGUGUUUGCGGCACAUGAACGCCAAAGCUGUGAUUUUUUUUUUUUUCUAUAACAGAGAUUCUAAUCAGUCGUCAAUUUCUCACACAUAUUGAGCUGUAUGCUAAAGAGCUAAUUAACAAGGAAUGUUAUGGAGCUCACAAACUUCCCUGACAUCUUAAUUAGAUCUUAAUGACAUUUCAGUUGGAAUGGGUUGAACUGAGCGAGCACUAUGAGAUGAGGAGGAACCGGUGCUGAUAUACAGGGGGGGGAAACGAGAAGACGACUGAUAGGGGGAGUGAGCGUAAGCAGGAAACGAGAGAGUUUGUGGAGAUGGAGAGGGGGAAUAAAUGGAAAUGAGGAGGACAUUUGCGCUGCAUGUGUAUACACCAGUCAUAUAGUGUGUCUUCUGUGAGAUAACGUGUGUUAGAAAUAGGAUUUGAUUAACACUGAGACACUUUUUUUUUUUACCCUGCCUUCUUUCUUCUCCUCCCUCCCGGAGGAAUACGAAACUAUACAUUCCCCAGUAAUUACUCGACCCUCUCCCAGUGGUAUUGCAUCUCUUAUGGGGCUGCUUAAUCCCAUUCUUAGCAUCUAUUAGCAUGAAAUUUCACUGUAGUCACUGUAGAAAUAACUAAAUAUGCACUUGCACUGCCAGUGAAGAAGUCAUGAUAAUGGUAUUUCUUGCAGAUAGAUGGCUGAUACGACACAAACUCUUAAGUGGGGCUGCUGUGUUUUGAAUUGCAGAUGGUUUUGCAUCGGGCUGCAGCGGUUCCAGGGAAUACUCGUUUUAUUUGAGUAGGAGGGGCUGUGUUAUUUUUAGCAGAAAGGUUGAUGCACCUUUAUGCAACUCCAAACAAAGUCAGCGGACUGCAGUGGAGGAACAAUAGGCUGCAGCAAAGAAGCAAAUUAGUGCUUGACUCCUCCAACUUCAAACCACCCGUGCGAUUAUAUCACUUUUAGUACAGCGUAAUUACCUUCCUGCCGUCGACUGUGAACGGGCGUGUAAGCAGUACAAAGAGACACUCUGCGACACCUUGUAAGCAGAGGGGGUAAUUGAUUAGAAUCUCCAAAGGUAAAUGUUUAUUUUAUCGCCCUGUCUGUGUUUUUCCCGGGCUCAGCUGGCCCGCGCUGCCCUUCACUCGAGAGGAGCCAUUAGAGGAGAAGGGGGGACAGGGAAAUAGGGAGAGACAGCACAGAAAACUAGCGGACGAUCAUGAGGAGCCCAGAGAGAGCGCAAACUGGAGAUUCCAUCAGAGAAAAUGAGGAAGGAAAGGCUAAACAGAAACUUUGUGUGAAGCCCCUUGUGAGGAGCAGAGCGAGAAAUAAACCGAGUGGAUGUGGGUUGAAAGAUUGGGCAGCAGGAGACACAUUACUGAGAAUGUGCUGGUUGCUGCUGAUGCUGUUCUGUGUGCAGCCAUGUCUGUUUAUCACUUCCCUCUUCUCCCCAAGCCCUCUGUCUCAUCUUUAUUCUCCCCCUUAUGUCUAGCCUAAAUCUGUCAGAAUACAGCCACAAAUACCUGGCAACAACCAACAUUUGCAACCACCCCCUCGUCUCCCCAUCUUUCCUCCCCCUGCAAUGCCUCGAGCUUCUGUUCAUUUUCACUUCCUCCCUGUUACUCUGAGACUUUAUUCAUUUCACUUAGCCUUUAUGGGUUUAUUUAGCAUUUUAUUCACCUAUAAAGGGCAAUAAAGGAAAGCGGUUGUAUUUCUCUCGUGCGUCGGCAAUCCAUUUGAACAGAUCUGGGUCUGCGGAUGCUUUGUAAUUUAGUGAUUUGCCUUUCAUGAUGGACGGGGAUUUUGUUUCCUAUUAAAUACACAAAGAGGAGUGUUUGGCCCACAUGGUCAGCGCUUCACUCUCACAGCCUACUUGAGGCACAAAGAAUAGGAUUUGAAUAGUUCAUUCUUUCUGCUGUAAAGGUAGUUCCUGCUGUUUCCAGGCAGAUGUUCUGUAAACUCAGACUCGAGAAAGACCCACCUCUGGUCUGAGGCUGCGCUGACUCAUGACCCGUUAACCCCCGUCUGGCACGACUUUAAGUAACCAGACACCUUGUGCUACACUCGGCCUGUGUGUAGUGAUCAUGAAGAGCCAAAGAAUAGCAGUGUGUCGCUCUGAUACACUCUGAGUCAGUCAUUGACUGACAUAGCUGUCAGAUACAAUAUAGUGUACUCUAUCUGCAGCGAGUGGAUAGGCAUUGAUCCCAUUCAGCUCUCUCAUAAUCCCCAUGUGCCUGGCAUGCCAUGUGUAUUGAUCUCAUGGUAAGGAACGACAGGAUGUGCAUAUGGUAUGUGACGACGCUGUUUAGCAUCUUCAUGUGUGUGUGUUUCAUUGCAGGUUCACAGAGGCAGACACCAUCGUAAUGGGGGACGUGACAUACGGGGCCUGCUGCGUGGAUGACUUCACGGCCAGAGCUCUGGGAGCUGACUUCAUGGUGCACUAUGGACACAGCUGUCUCAGUGAGUCCUACAUGUGUACACGCAGAUGUCAUAUUAGUUUGGCUUUGUAGAUUUUCCAAAACCACUGGAUUGUAGGUGGGGGUUCUGCAGCGUAGUGAGGGUUUGCCAAAUGUGAUAUGUCUCUGCUGUUCGAACACAAAUGAGACUAUCAGCAGCAAAAUAACUGGGAAUGACUUUAUUGGAUUCAGGAUUUUUUUUCAAUGGGACAAUAUGCAUUAAUGAACAUUUACAUGUAAAUGCAUGGGAUUAUAGCCAAGCGGCUAAUUUCCACCCCUAGUCCCAUUAGCAGGUUGGUGUCAAUACAUAAAACCUAAAAACAAACAUCAAUAAUGGAAGUGAAACACACAGAGCACAUCAGCAACAAUAUAGAUGACAUACAAACCUGUUGUAGUUUUUAAUGUCUGCUAUAGCAGAGCCAGUAUAGGUCCACUGUAGUGAGCCUUUGUUGUCUUUUCUUCUGCAAAUAUAUUCACAGUGAGUCACACGUUUUACUGUGAAAAGACAAGGUGAUUUUUUUAGUCAGGUAAAUCUACUUUUGCAAGGAUAAGACAAAAUCGGCAACAGUGUAAAGCUUACCACUUUAUCCACUAGGGGCGCCAAAAUCAACACAGACAAGAAGUUCCACAGGAGCUUUAAAUUAAAAUAUGUCAAACACUGGAACAAAAGAUAUUUACAUUAAAAAAAAGAAGGAGCUUUGAGAUGUUUACCAUCAUCUCAGAAUUUAGAGGAAUCAGAAUCUCGUUAUCGUCCCAAAAGGGAAAUUAGUGUUGCAGCAGAAAGAUAGGGUACACAUUGAUAAUACAGCAAGAAUAGACCCGAUUAAAAGUCUGAAAGUCAAACAUAAUAAAAGAAAAAAACAACAUAAUAUAGGAAACACCAGACAUGUUCACAAGAUCACCAAAAAUGUUCAAUUCAGAGUGAAUACUAAAACUGGAAAAUAACCGCCCCAUAUUGUGAGAAGUGAAAAGUGUGGAUGUGCAAAAAAAAGCAAUAGCAGUGCAAAGAAGAACGUGGGAAACCUAAGGCUGAAUUUCCAUUAAGUUAAAAAAAAUUGCACUGGAGAUAAAUGAGACCUGGAGUCUCUUAGUCGUCCUCAUGGGAGCCCUAAAACAAAGGCCUAAGGGCAAAAGAUAAAGCUUCUUUUAACAACACUUAAAGUUGGCCAGUAUGGAGUUACACGGUUAUAAUAUGUGCAGAGUGUGCUUUGGCAUCGUCUUGCUUAAAAAUGCUUUGUCUGACUGGCGGCAUGUGUUGCUCCAAACCUGUUUGAUGCUUGUUUUUGGAUCAAGCCACUCAAGAAGCAGCAGUUUGGGUCCCUUCAGUUUUUAAACCUCCUGAUGUUGCUGUGUGGUUUGCCCAUUUCUGUCCCUCUGCAUGCUUAUAACACCCUCAGGAGCUUCUGAAGAAAGACAGCUGAUUGAUAAAAAAGUUAGAGAACAGACAGACAGACUGACUGCUGGAUGGAGCUAUCGAUCAACAGAAAGCCUAACUAGUCAGCGCAUCCUGCUAACUCCAGUACUGAAGCACAUAUUAGACCUUUGGAGCCCGGACAUCACAUUUAGCCAAGAAGAUCAAUGGGGAACAUGCAUUAGAGCUGUCCUUUUGAAAACCUCAUGCAGUUCUCCGGGACCUUCAGCCUCACCCCUGCUGUCUGUCUCUUACAGAACAUGGGAGGAAAUGCUAAAUCAAUAUUUUUGAUAUAUCCCUGCCAGAACAGGCUCCCCUCUCCCAAAUACCAGCAAUGACCAACAGAAUUUCAAUACAGCGAAAAGCUCUUUCUGUUCGCCUCGUAUUGUUUGUCUUUUGUGUGAGUGAACAUUCAUUAUCUGAUAGUCAUGGAGGAGUUGUGUGCAUGCAUGUUUGUUUGCAGAGGAGAUGUGUGCAUGUCUCCGUGGGCUCAUAAGAACCCCAUAAAGUGAAAAAUAAAGGUACCGAAGAUCAGUUAUCGGUUGGUUAUGAGGUCUAUUUGAAGGGAUUUUUCAAACAAAUUGGGUUGAACCACAGAUUAUAAAACAAUCUGUGUGUGAUGGUGCCAGUAUGUAUGUGUUCCUGACCUUCAUCACUCAAUCAUGAGAACGUCGUGUGCUUUCAAAGAUGUGGUGUGCCUGUGGGAGAUUAAAAAGGCUGAUUUCUGACUCACUCACAGAAAAAAAAAAGAGAAAAGCUGUGUCCUGUGCUGCUUUAUUCUCCUUUCUUUGUCUCUGAGGGAUCUGCUUUUGAAUACCAGUGCCAUCACUUCUUUUAAACUCAUAAAGCAACCCCAUCGAGUGCAAGACAAUAUGACCAACACCAUAAAGCCCUUGUGGUGCGCGCUUUGAAAGAUUUAAUGGUAUUUGCUGGCAUGAGGGAUGUGAAUUGAAUUCAACCUUGUCGAGGUUAAAGAACAUGUUUGUCACUGAAGGUGUCAGCAGAAAAUCAACAAUGAAAAGGAAGCGAGUGGGCGAAGAGAGAGAGAGAGAUAUGAACGUAAUAAAUUUGAACUUUUAUUUAUAUUGCUCUAAUUUUACUGCCGCUACCUAAGAAAUCAAAAAGUAAAACUGGCAAGACAUGGCAGCCUUGCUCUCAUAAUGCCAGGCCAGCUGCUAUAGCUCGAAGUGUCACAUAACAAGUAGGUCCUUACUAUUUUGAAGCUGUGAGUCAUUAUCAAACAGCUUUGAUGAGCAAAAUGUACUCUCGGUGCUCAGAGUUUAGUUGCAGCUUGUUUUACAAAUGUAACCAGCGUGAUGCUCGGUUUGAAGUGGCUGUUAAUUUAGCAGAGCGAAUCCAUCAACAUGGAGGAUUAAAUAUGAUAUAUCAAACGCCGGUGUCACCGCAUACAAAAGCAACCGCAUCCUUAUCUCAUACUCAAAGAUGAGGGUCUCUUAGAUUAUUAUAGUUAAUUAUCAGGCUUUCUCACUUCAGCCAGCUGCGUAAAAUACAGGAUUCUGAUUGGUCCAACCCAUUCAAGAGGGUAAUUUAUUCUGAAGAGCAAGAGCAACGGCAGGGACAACCAGAUCACAAAAGGCAUAAAUUAACUUUAUCUGGCUCCCUUGCUCACCCCUCUCUAUGGUGGAGCUCUCUAAGCUGCUCGUCUCCUUUAAAGGGGAUCCUUUACAGAUAUAUACGACUCAGUCCAAAUCAACGAAAACCAAAUUAAUUUGUAUUCAGGUAUUUAAACAUUAAAUCAAACACACUUACUAAUUUUUUGAGAGGCCACUGGGCGCAGACCUCCACUGUCAGGACCCACCUCCACUGUGAGGACCAGAGUUGACGUUUUUUUCUCAUGCACUUGUUUGUUUAAAGUGGUCAUCCUGUUUUGUGUUGUGUCUUUGUUGAACACAUUCAUACACAAAAAAUCAUAUUACACAACAUUUUAUAUAUAUAAAAUAAAGCCCCAAGAAAUACAAGAAAUAAAAUAUAUUCACACAAGACAAAAUAAUAUGUACUUCCUGGUCUAAUCGCUUUUAAUUUGAAAGGCUUUGAAUCAACUCAGGCGUUACAAAAAUAAUAAUAAUAAAAAUAAAAAUAAAUAAAUAAUAAUAAUAAUAAUAAAUACUCUGAAUAUAUUUGCUUUUAAUUUGAAAGGCUUUGAAUCAAUUUGAGUGUCAAAAAAUAAAUAAAUGAAUAAAAUUAAAUUAAAAAAUAAAUAAAAACAAAAACAUACUCCCAAUAUAUUUGCUUUUAAUUUGAAAGGCUUUGACUCAACUUGGCCUUAAAAAAAUAAAAAAAAUGAAAAUAAAAAUAAAAAACAAACAUACUCCCAAUAUAUUUGCUUUUAUUUUGAAAGGCUUCAAACUAAUACCGACUUUUUAACGAGACAGUGCACCUUUAAAGAAUUUCUUCAAUUUUAAUUUAAGCCCUCUAAAAAACAAACACAAACAAAGGACCACAGAGACUGUUUUGGACACUUUACUUAAUUUACACUUUUUCCUGUUUGUUGUUCACUUUCCUUGCCUAGACUAAAUCUAAAAUAGAUGUCACAACUCUCUGCUCCAUUAGGCUCUAGACGCAGCUCUGUUGUUUUUCGGUUCUUCCUUACCUGAAGUAAUGAUGCUGUAGUUUUGUAUAGAAUUGACCACAGUCACAACCCUGACUGAACCUGUUUAUACAUAUUGAUCUGUGAGUAAGCCGGACAUUUCUUAGCCCCGCUUGUUAUGGAUGUGUCUUUUCGUUUACGUGGACGGUAAGAAGCGGCUUUUUCGGUGUGACCUCACUGCCAUAUCACAUAGAUGUAUAGAAGCACUGAUGGUGCGAGUGAGUCCUGUCCAUCUCAUUGACUGCGUCUCUGAUUGCAGCGCCUGAGUGCUCUCAGGCUACCAUGUUAAUGCGAACACAGAUCGAUGUCACUCUUCUUUGCCCUUUAGGUUUAGCGAGUGUCCAUAAACAAGCAACAGACAGCUGUUAGUCUUUUUUACUCCGCUCCUCCGACCCUUUUUAGCCUCAUGAUAUAUUUAACUCCUCGGUUUUUUUCCGCUCGACACGCAGCCUGAAGCAAAGCCCACCUUUUCAAACCCUCUAUCCAUCUCCUGCUCCUUCCCCUCUGCUGAGAUAUAAGCCCAUUCAUCACUUCUGGUGCCAGUUAAUUGACAAGCCAUCUCUUCAAACCCUCAAACACACAUCCACACACAUUCACAGUAUCCUAUUACUUUUUCCACUCCUCCUCACAUCCAUGACCUAUCCUUUAGAAUUUAUAUACUUCAUUAUUAAAUCACCAAUCCACACCACCAUAUUGAAUUGCAGUGUUUCCCAGCCUGCUUUAAUGGAAAUGCAUCAUUUCUUUCUCCCGGUUUCCCGACUUCAAUCUCUUCUAAAGACCUGUCUUUCAGCUCCUCCUCAGCUCUAUUCACCGUCCUUUUUUCAGGUGUCACCCCCUCUAUUUGUCUCUCUUACUGCUUCUUUAAUCUGGGUCAUCAAGCGAGCUGCGAAUGCUCAUUCCCACUAUGAUGGACCAUUUGUUUGAUCACAAGUGUAACAAACCUCUCCUUGCUCUUGAUCUGCAAAUUGAAUGUAACACAAGAGGAUGACUAAUUAUAAUGAUCAACACAAAGGAUAAUCCGUCUUUCUUAUCCCUGCCCUUUCCCCCCUUUUCGCCUGUUUUCUUGGACCCUCGCCCACUUUUUCAGCAUCAAACUCGGCACGUAUCUAGCUCCGUCUUGUGGGCCGCGGGUGCGAGGGAAAUGGCCUGUGAAAUUAAUGGCAUUAAUGGUAAUCGCAUGUGUCCCUCUCCUUCCCCUAAAUAAUUGAGGUCUUUGCAUCAGUUCCCCGAGCAUGUGCAGGAGAUUCAUGCCGCGUGGGUUUCACUUAGAUCGCAGGGUGGGCGCCUAAUGCAAGCUAUAGUGUGCAUGCAGUGUGUCUCCAUAUAGUGCCGAACAUGUGCUGCGUGUUAAUGUUCCAGGCAGCAUCAAUAGUGUAUAUGACACAAGCUAACCUGACAUAACAGAUUGAAUUAUUCAUCCGUCUUUCUCUUUUUGUCUCCCUGCAGUCCCCAUAGAUUCCACGGCAGGUAUAAAGAUGCUUUAUGUGUUCGUGGACAUCCAGAUGGAUAAUGGACACUUCCUGGACACGGUCAAGUUCAACUUCCCUCCUGGACAAUCUCUGGCUCUCGUCAGCACUAUUCAGUUUGUGGCAGCACUGCAGGUGAUUAAGAACUGGCUCUGUCUGAAUUUGUGUGAGUGUGUGUGAGAUUGAUUUUGUGUGUGGAGACUUUUUUGUGUCCGAAAACGCUGACGUGGAGCGAUUCUGUCUCUGUUCCUGAAUAGUUUUUGUCACUUUAGUGUAUUUUCUGCCUCUCUGAAGUAUUUUUAUAGGUACAGUAUAGGACCACACAGACCAAAAAAAACACACAACACAUCUAUAUAUAUAUAUAUUUCUGUACAGUGUGCUUUUCCUGGCUUUUAUGAACAAGCUGGCUCUCCACACUUAAGCUCAGUUCAAGUGUGGGCUUGAGGAACCCAGCAGUGGUUAUUUUGGAUUUGAAAGGUGGAGUGAACCGGGAAGGCCUCUGGGUUCAGCGUCGUGCUUAUCCCUGCUCUUUACAUAAGCAGUGGCUGCAGCUAUAGGAUGAAGGUCGAACACAUCCCUCCAUGUUCUAUAGCCUGUUUCAUUUGCUGUGUUGAACCAUCAGCACUCAGGGCCUUCCGCUAAUGUAACAGCUGUUAUUUUUAAACCUCGCUCUGCAGGCGGGUCAUGUUUAAUGUUUGGGUGUUUGUUUGCAUUGUGUACCGCGCAGCAUUUCCAUCAUGUCUUACGGUGUGUGGGCAUGUUGAGGUCACAGAGUAUGGGCGGGAGAAGCUGGGAGUUCACCCUUAUUCCCUGCGGACUCUCUUAAAAUUAGCCUUAAACCGUUCAAUUUAUCCUUCCACCUCUGACACAACUGUACUCUGUUUCAUGUUGUUUUAUUUUUCAGCUGUAAUUGUUCGCUCUCUCAUCUUCUCGCUUUGUUUGAAGUAGUGUAGGUGUUCAGAGGAGUUGAUUUUCUUGGUCUUGAAAGCACCCUUUUAGCAGGAAUAUUGAUUUCCUUGUUUAUUUUGUAUAAUAAAGUCUGCAUUUUUCUAUGAUUUUGUAGUACGACUUGACGUUUGGUUAAUGGUUUUUACUGCCAGUGCCUUUCUAAAUUUUAUAUUAAUGUAUUUCUCAGGACAGAAGUAACAGUAGGCGCAAAACUUUCUUUUUUGAGAAGUUGCAAGAGCUCUUAGUUAAGCUGCGAUAGUUUUUGACUUGCAGGGGGUACUGGCAGAGAACACCUUUCCCUUCUUCUCCAUCCUCUUUCUCUCUGUAUUAUUUACUUUGAUUCUUCAUGUCCCAUUAGAGUCACUAACACACAUCUUUUCAGGGAGUCCCUGAGCUCCAUCAUGCCGUAGAUUCCUCUGGAUCGCUGCAGCAGACAUUUUGGACCCCCUCUCUAAACCCAAUACAGUCGCGGUAGAAGACUGUCUAACAUGAGUCUGGUUCUGCUCAACAUUUCUACCUGUUAAAGGAAGUUUUCCUCUCUCCUGUUACUUGCUAAUUGCUGUCUUAUCUCUUCUUUACAUCAGGUCUUUGUGUCAUGGUCUAGACCAGCUUUUUUUGUGAAGCCUCUUUGAAUAACACUUGUUGAAGAUCAGAUAUAUAGAUUGAUUGACAGGAUCCUGACUGGAAGAUUUCAUACUAUCUUUCAAGACCCAUUUACAGUUUUCCUCCAUUUCAUACACACAAAGAAUGACGUGUGUCUCAACAACAUGACUCCAGAUUAGGGCCGUCACAGUAUCAGGUUUUCACCUCAUGAUUAUUGUCCGUAUGAAAUAUCAUCAUAAUGACAAUCGUGCAAUAUUUAUGAAGAAUAUAGGAUUUAAAAUGACAAAGCAGCAAGUCAUAUUGAGAAAAUGCAAAAAAGUGCAGAAUAAUAUAAUAUAAUAUACAUCUUCAUGAAUAUUACAUUAGCAUAGAUUUUACCAAUGAAGAGUGUUUAUUUACAUGUUAUUCUCUAUUUGAAUAUAUAUAAACUAUCCACAUCACUGACUGUGUCACUGAAACUCUAUUAGAUAAGACCUUUUUAGAGAAGCCUCAUAAGACUGCUGUUUGUCCUGUGUUAUUUUUGAUUUUUUUUUCUGCCCUGUUUUAAAACUGUGCUUUUAUUUUGAAAUGUGGACUACUUUCAGUUGCUUGUAAGUAACACAGCUAAAUGGAAACAGACAAAAGAACAUUAAGAAAGUAAAAAUGCUGGAUUACCUAAAGAGUUACAAGCCCUGACAUUGCAUUUAGAUAAAUAAAAAAAUCUAGAAAUUUCUGUUUUUAACACAAUUUAUUCAAAUAGUCAGAGAGCUGCUUCAAACUCGUCAUCUUUUUUCCUAUCCUCAAUUUUAUGAUGUGUGUCAACAUAGAGGACCUUAUAUAUGAGUCACGGUGGUACCAUUUGCUUAUUUUUGCAUCAUCCCUCCUCCAUACCGCUCAACUAUAUGCACACUGUCUACGUCGGUGCUACUUAAUUAUCAUUCUAAAUCACAGCUCUGCAAAUCCCUCUACACAGAUUGCAUCCUUUAGCACACUUAGUUCACCUGAAAGCACUGGCCUUCAAAACUGCAAACACCCUGAAUACUAAUUAGUCUCACUCAUAAAGCACCCGUGCAAACUCACAACACUACCGUUAGAAGUCAGAGGAUAAAAGAGGCCUAAUGUGACCUACAGAGAGGCGGGGAGAUGGAGCAGCAACAUCACAGCUAAUGUAAAUAAGGUCCCGUGGUCCAGGAUCAGAGGCAGGAUUCAGACUGAUCUGCGUCACAGUCCUUUUUCAUUUGUCAGUUUAGAUGAACUACAUUAUUACUGUAUUACAGAAUAGUGGUAUUACAGUGAACAUGUCAGUUUCUACAUUUUUAGUAUCUGUUCACUUGUUUAUUUCUGGGUUUUCAGUCUUCAAUGUAUCAUUUAUGGUGAAAAUUUUAUGUUAAAAAUGUUCCAAGAAUUGAAAAUGAGGAUCUGAAGAUUAUCACUGUUGUUCCAGAUGGUCUUGUUUGAUUUUGGUUACCAUUAAAAAGGCAUAAAUAUGAAUCCCAGUAUGAAAAAAAACUCGUUAAAGGAGCUUUAAAAUGGAUAACAUAUGUAUAGUGCAUACAGGCUACUGUUUAUGCCAUAAUAUGACAAAAAUAACAACACUAUGAAGCCACUACUGACAUGACCACCUUUAAUUUGAUGCUUCAAAAGCAUUUCAAAGCUUUGUGAGGACAUGAUUUUGAUUGCUUUCUGCUUUUGUCACUUUUUUGCAGGAGAUUUGUGAAGUUUUUGAAGUGAAGUCUUUUCAGUUUGUGUUCAGAGUUUUGAGAAAUUAAGCCGCAGCUCCUGGAAAAGUGUUUACACUUCGGGAAGGCUGUAAGACUGCAGAUUAUUUGAGGAAAAGCUGCUGACCUUUCUUCACACUUUGCAUUAUUGCUCUCUGUUCGUCUGCCAUCUUUAAGUGUGUCUAUAAGCACGUUGCUUGUAUUUCCUCACCAUUUUCCUCUUCAAUUUUUUAGAUUUAAAGCAUUUUGUUUUGAGCAGUUUUCUGUCAAUUAUUAAUACUGUUGUUGGGAUUUUCACUAUCACUACAUGUUCUCUUGUUUCAGCUGUAGCUUAAAAAUGUAAAGCAAAACAAACCUUUAAAUGUUGAAGUACCAAGAGUUGAUCAUCUUAAAUCAGUGGACUAUUGUCACUGAUUGUCACUGUUGUUUCCCUCAAAAUUACAGGCACUAAUUGGCCAAAAUAUAAUUAGAUUAAUAGCCAAACUGGAAGCAUUUCAGGCUUGGCACAUGAAGAUCUGUGUUAACAAGCAGGACAUGAAAGCUUAAUUUACAGCCAUACAUGAACCCUAAUUACACAAGUACGAGGUUUCAAUACUUACUUUAAUCAGAUGACCGUGUAUCUCCACUUCACUAGCCAAAGCUACACAAACAGACCGCGCUUAGCCUCCGAUUCUCAUGCCUGUUUACACACCACGUCAUCCCACUCACAAACUUUCCUUGUUCAUUAGCAAAAACCAGCCAAAGGGCUAACAGACACAUAAAGAGUGGUCUCAGUUAAACUUAUCUCAUUGUCACUGAAUUCCUGUGUCAGUAAUCACUGCGUAUUUCUAUUAUGGCCCGACCGAUAUGGAUUUUUUUGGGCUGAUGCCGAUACUGAUUAUUAGGGUGGAAAAAAAUCAGAUUACCAAUUAAUCUGCCAAUUUUUUUAGAAUUUUUAUGAAGUUAUAACAAUUAUAUAUAUGUACUGUAGAUAUACUGUAGGCUACUGCUCUUCACGCCAACAGGAAGACUGACUGAUCAAACUCGGACAAGGAAAGCAUUUUCAACCCCCCACCCCCCCACCGAUCGCUGCCUCCGUCUCCGAGAAGUAGCUUGAUCAUGUGUACUGUUGUUUAUUCUACCGUUACUGGCACGGCUAACAGUGUAGAAAGGCUAAUAGUCACUCUGCUGUGCUGUGACAUAGUUAGCGGAUGAAGAUUGUCAUGAGGUCGCUGCGCCAUCUACAGGAUAAGUUGGGGAACUUUUCAAAUGGCCAAACAUUUUCGAAGUCAAACCAAAUCUUAUUCUCCGCAUUUGAUUUCUGAAAAAAUUGGCGAGUUUUGGCCGAUUACCGUUUAGUCUCAAACAGACUAAAAUGAGUUGGGCCCUAAUUUCUAUUAUCGAUCACUAUGAGAGGUCUAUUUCACCUUUAGGCUUUAGCUGUCCACUUUUCUUUCAUAUGUCUUCUUCAUAAACUUCCCUCUGAACUAUAUCUGACCUGCUGUUAAUCAGCCCCAGAAAAUGAAAGGUGUCACCACCCCUUUUUGCUGGUCUUAGUUCACGGUCUGUGUUUUGCUAUAAACAUCUAAUAGUGUCAUGAAUGGCCUUUGGGAAUAACUAUUAACACUCUGCCACGGAGCUAUCUUUUUGUCAAGCAAUUCCAAACCCCAGGGCUGUAGAAAACAGGGGUUGAUGAUGAACUUGUCAAAACAAACAAAUCACUAAGUGUCUCUCCUCCUCCCCUCUCCUCCUCCCUCUGUGCCGCAGGCCGUGAGCGCAGCUUUGAAGCCGGAGUAUGAUAUGCUGGUCCCGCAGUGUCGUCCUCUGUCACCAGGAGAGAUUUUGGGCUGCACCUCCCCUCGCUUGGACCGUCAUGUUGACGCCAUAAUGUAAGAAACCAUCCGCCUACUGUCUGCCCCCACACUGCUCUAUCCGUCUCCCCUUUUAGCCGGCACCAUAAUUACCCCUGCUACUGCCGUUGCUAUUCAUAUGACUCAGGUUAUAAUCAGUAUGACAUCACCACAGUCACAGCAGACAUCGCUAUCGUAGCUAGUGUAUGUGUGCCAGACUUGUAUUAGACCCAGCCGGAAACAGCCAGGCACAGAAAUAGAGCAGCAAGGCUGAAAAUACCUUUAAUGCUCCGGAAGCUUUGAAUUGUGUAAAACCAGACAGUCAAACCACUUUAAAAACCAAACAACACAUCCGCAAACACUCACCAAAUCUCCAAGUUUGAAGCGGGGAUCUAUUUGGUAUGUUUGACAGCAGGAGUGCUCCUUCAAAAAGCUCAAAAGUCAACCAGAUGUUGGAUUGUUAUCCACACUCCUGAAGUUUGAGAGCGUGAAAUGACAGCACCUGGGUUGAAUGUCGGGUAUGUGAGAUCAUUCCUGUUGCACCCUGUCUAAGAGUUUGAGAACUUAAGCAUUUGAAUCAUCCAAACAAAGACUGCCAAGGGUCAAAGGUCAGAGGAUCAGCUAGGUUUCCCGUAAAGGUAGUCAGAGCAAACAAAGAGGGCAGCAUCAGCCUCAUCCUGGGGGCCUUAAAGCUGAAGCUGUUAGUUUAGAUUAGUUAUCAGCUAAACACUAAAAAACAGUAACACCUUUUAUUAAGGUCCCUGAAAUAAACACUAUAGUAAGAAACUAGUAUUAAGCAUUAAUUAACUGUUAAUAAACACUUAUAAGAUGCUUAUAAACAUGAAUGUAAGUAAACGUUUAUAAUAUUCAACAUCUUUAUUAUUGCUUCUAAGUCACUUGUAGAUAAUCAUUAGACACUUGUUAACAGUGUUUGCCCCUGUCAUUAACAUCAAUACCUGUUUAUUGAUAUGAAAUAGCAUCUUUAUAGAUAAAUGAAGGAACGUAUUUAUUCUGAGGCAUCUGUUCAGACGUGUUAAGUCAGUGUCUUUGUGUGAUUUUGUGCUCACUGCAGAGGAGCAUUGUUUGCUGUUAAUAAGAGCAUAAUAAGAGAGUCAGUAAACAUGAGAUGGCACUGAUCUGAGGCUUUUAUCGUCUUAUUCAUAUUAUAUAACAUAUACUCAAAGUUAUUAAAUGGUCCUUAAAUUGUUAAGAUUCCAGUGAGUGCUUAAAGAGGAGCUUCCACCAGUGAUUAAUAUUAUAUAUGGUUUUAGUAAAAGCUCAUCCAGUUAUAUUAAAUUUAAUUAAAUUAACAUCUUAUUGGAUUUUAAAAGCCGUCUCUAUGCAGUAAUUGGUGAUAAGUUCCCUGGAAGUGUGUAACAAGCUGAUAAAAAUGUGUUCAUUGAACUUUUAUAACGUUUCAUUCAUGUUAAUCAAGUCUGAUUGAUAUUAAGAAAUACCCUAUUAAUGUUUAUGUCAGGUACAUUAAGUGUUGAGUUUGUAAUGAGAGACAUUUAAAAGCAACAGUAAAUUUGUUAAUUAUGCUUUUAUUUACAGUUAAUUUACUGACACUUAAAAAGCAACUUUUAAGACCUUAAAAGUGGCUUAUUAACAAUUAAUGCUAAUUACAAGGACGUUGAUAUAACGUUUUACUAUGGGGGUGUGUGUGUAUGAAGUGGUGCGAGUCCUCUGAUUGGUGUUCAGGGCUUGGCGAUAUGUCCUCAAAUCAAUAUCACAAUAUAUUGUUCACCUUGAUAAUGAUAAAUGGACAAUAACUACUCCACAAGCUGCUCACCCCCUCCCACAUUAACUCCGUCUACUUCAACCACUACAACUUUUGAACUGUCCUCCAUCUCCUCACCUGUCUUUCCCUCUUUGUUACGGACUAGAUGGAGUGGAGUCACGUCUCUGCUGUAGGACAGCGUCUUAAAGGGACAUGAGACCAUAGCCUACCUACACACAUCCAAAAACAACUGAUUUAUUUUUUUGACACCGAAUAUACCGAUAUGGGCAAAAUGAUGUUGGUUAUUGUCAUAAAUUUCAGUAUCGGUAAAUUUUCAGUUUAUCGCCCAGCCCUAGUUUAACCCUAACUUAGACCUCCAUGUUUGGCAAGAUUCAGACUGUGAUCCUAAAAGCAUAAAAAGUCUGAUCUUUUUUAUAAUUCCUCUGCAGUUGUUGAUAGUUACACCAAUUGUUAUUUUUAAUUAUCUCUGAAAGAACCCGCACUGAUGAAGAUUCUGUCCUCAACUAACUUCAACUAAUGUUCAGCAGCACAGUGCCCACACUGACGCGGUCAUGGUUAGAAUCGGUAAACUGCGCCACCAUUAGUCUUUCAAGUCCUUUUCUUUUUACUUCCCUCCUUAUUUCCUACAGGGAUGAUAAAUCCAAGGGGGGAGCAGCAUGAGUCCUGAAAGACUUUUUUAUUCAGUCUUUGAAUUCACAUCAAUAUAAAUGCAGUGCAAGAGAGACUAUCAAAGUGAUGCCUAUCCCGCCUGUGCUGCAGGGAGGAGAGCACUCUGGCAAAGUAACAGCGUAUCAGCAAAAAUAAACAACAAGUCGGCAUUCACUUUUGGUCCAGAUAGUAGAGAGAGUGCGGCUCUGCAGGAAGAAGAAGAAGAAGAAGAAGAAGAAGAAGAAGCCUGUGCUUUGUGGGGCCUGGCGUGUUGAAGUAAUUCCCUGACUGUAAUUACGUCUGGGUGCAUCACCCCGUAGGCCUGAUCCGUACACAUCUACUCCAUGUGAUUAAAACCUCCUGCAGAAUAAGAUUAAAACAGCCACACCGGGACAUGCUUUGUUAGAGAGGGAAAGCAGGUUGUUUUUGAGAGAGAAGCUGAGUGAGUCAGUGUGUGUGUGUGUGUGUGUGUUUGUAGAGUGUGUGUGUGCAGGUGAAAGUGGAAGGGUUAGGGUGUGCUUCACCUCCUAAUCCAAUGUGCGCCGUCUUUGAUGUGUGUAGGGGUUGGAUGGAAGUGAGAAUCGAUCAUGCCGCUUCAGACUUGAAACACUCUCCUCUCUAUCGUUCCUCUUUUUUUCUUUUCCUCUGCAGAAAAAAGAAAAAGAAAAAUACUUUGAAAUUAUUUUUAUCAUUUAUCUAAACGGAGGAAAUGCCUCAUUAUUCUGUGACAGCUGCAUCCACACUUAAAUUACCGCGUGAUAUUUCUCGUUCAUUAACAGCCUUUCUGUUACUUCAAUUAAUUCCCGCCAAGGUUUUCAGACAUGUUGUUUCUAAUUUUCUCUGAGAAAAAGCACCACAGAGCGGCCUCCCUUCUAACCGCGUGCAUGUUUUGUUUUGUUCACUUUGCAAAGUACAAUAAAUUCCCGUGUAACAUUAGGUAUAAAUUCAAAAUGAGUCAGCACUUCAAAAACGUUGUUACUCGUAAUUGCAUUUUUAAAGCUUUGAGCUUCUUGAGCACUGUAGAGAAUGGCUUGUGGUGAGCUCGCCUUUGAGGUCUCUGUCUUGAAGCUGAUGUUUCUCAUUUCUCUAAUGAAGGGAGGCAUGUUUUAUAAGGGCUUAAAAGUGCUUGAAAAGAGCUGUAAGGUGGGAUCCGUCACCCGUAUCUAUCAGCAGCCUCCACUCUUGGUCUCAAUCGCAUUGGACCAUUAAGGAGAAUGUGAACGUAUAGAUGUGGUGUGCCGUAACAUAAAGACAUACGGCUCCACCAUUACAGGGAGAGCACUUUAACAAAGAACAAUAGAAUAUGGAUAGAAGGGCCUUGAUUGUAUGGGGAGCACAUGAUGCUCUUAAAGCAACAGAGAGCCGAGGAUAAGUGUGGUUAAAGUGCAGGAGACUUACUCUUGCAAACAUAAUUAUAUGAUGGCUUAGGAUGUUUCUGAGCAAAGAGAGGCUGUGCAGCAGAGGCUCGGCUCAGGUUCAGUUUGUGCCGUCGAUCCGUGUUACAUGUGAUACAGGCGCAGGGAGAAAGGUGCGCUUUCAAACACACACACUUAUAAAUAAAGCAUCGGUGUGAGACAUGUGCUCAGGUAGUCCGCCCACAGCGUGUUACAAACCCACACUUCCAAAUCUGACCAAUUAGUGGGCUUAAUUGCAUGCCCUGUCUCAGUUGGCCAACUGAGGCUGUACAGUAAUGAGUAGGAGGACUGACCUGAACCCACUCAGAUGAACAGCAGGACUCUUCACUGCCUGACCCCUGCAGAGGGGGUUUUAUUGUGUUUUCAGACACCUACAAGCUUCUCUGUACUUAUGAAUCGGGGGAUCCACAGCAGCAGAGCUCAGGUUAAUUAGGAGGGCUUACAUCCUCUGUAAACAGCACGCCCCUGGUCGUCGGGGUCACGUUCUCUGACUGCAGAGUCGGGCAGACCCCUCCACCCUGGCCUCAGGCCUUCUGCCCAGUAACACUUAAACUUUCUGUUAAAAGGCCACAGAGAGGGAUGAAUUUAUAGACGGAGUCAAAGGGAAAGCUGUGAGAGAUGCCAGGAGAAUAAAAGUAUAUCAUAGAAAGCCGAUGUUUUUCUAUGGUUGCACAUUGAAUUCAGAUUGUCCAGGGGGUUUGGCUCUCCACAGAGAGUUUUUCUUGUCUUGUCUUCUAACGUUGAAUUGAUUUUGUUUUUUUUUAUAGUUAUCUGGGAGAUGGAAGAUUUCAUCUGGAAUCAAUCAUGAUUGCAAACCCAGAUAUCCCUGCCUACAGGUACGGUAAAACUGAACUGCAUCUUUUUCAUCAUUUUUUUUUUUGAUAUUCUGCAAUUUAUAACAGACUGGAUUUAUUUAUUUAUUUACAAAGGAUACCCAUCAGUUACACUGUGGUAACAACUGUUCUCAAUGGGGGCUACACAAAACAAACCAACUUAAAAGGUCACAUGAUAGAUAAUAUUAGAAAAAGGGGACAAAAAACUCAAGGAAAACAGAACAAAAGUUCUUAUUACUAAUUUUUCCUGCAGGAGUAGACAGUGAAAAACACUGGUUCAUGGUUCAGCUGAACUUUUUGAAAUGACUCAAGGAUGCAAUUCAGUACUUGAGAUUUUACUGUUAAUAGUAAAAUCAUAUUUUGAAUUAAGAAAAGUAAAAUACUACUUAGUGAAUAAAGGAUAACUUUGUAUAAUGUGAGAGUGCUUUGUUUGCAAUCAUAUGAGUCAAUGAGACCGAAAUGUGUACUGAUAAAGUAGGAUUUUAGAUUCAGUUAUCUCUGUUUGUAAUGUAUUACAGAUCAGUUAUUACUCACGUUCACACUCAAAAAAAGUCAUUUAACUUUCUUAAAUAAAAUCAAGACUGAUAACUAAUUUUUUUUGGUCUGUUUAUUUUCUCAUUUGGGGACUUAACAAUGGUCAGAAUAGAGAAAUACAAAUAGGCCAGACAGUCACUUUUUACAGCAUACACUCAGUAAUGACUCAGAGACAAAUUCAGUCUAAAAAUGAAACAGAGUGAAGUGAAGAACUUGUUUUUCUAUUUCAAAUUAAAUGAGUGAAAUCCAUUAAACUGAGACAUUGAAAAGAAAAACAAAGAAUACAGAUGUCUGUAAAACUAACAGAUGCAUCAAAAAGAUGAAAUGAAUCACACACUUCUCCUCGAUGAUUUUACAUCUUAUUUCAUCACUAUAUUUGAGAGACACAAUGUGGUUUAGGACUGGUUUCCUGUACAUGUCUAAGGUUGUGUUUGAGUUCCUCUUUGCAGUGUUUUUACUGUGAUUUCUGUGCGCGUGUGUUCCCUCACGAUUGAUUGAGAUAUUUUUGCUCCGAUAUGAUUCACGUACAGUUUCCAGCCUGGUUUAACCUCCAUCAUUGCACCAAGAAAUUCAGUCUCAGACACUCUUUAAACUCCUGCCUCAUUUGUCUUGAAUUUCCUGCCUGAGUUACUCGACCGGUUCCAAAAUACUGUGAAUGCAGUUUUUUUUUUCUCUGAAGUUCAGUGUGAGUUUAUUAGAAUCGAACAGACUCUUUUUCUGACUUGUCUCGGUUAAACGUGGAGGCAGCUCACAGUUUUUUAAGUAAGCACUUCAGAGAUUUAAGUCUAAAAGAUGACAUGGUGGAGAAAUUCUGCUUCCUUGUCAUGUUAUUUGAAUUGAAGAAUCAGCUGCGGUUAUAUCAGUGUCCUGAUAACAUUUGGCGAGGCUGCAGCUCUUUUUUCAUGAGGUCUUGUUUGCAUGCAAAGUAAUAUUGUGUUGUUAUAGACAUACGCUCUGCCGCACAGAUUACAGGUCUCUCUCAUAAACAAGAUUCUAAUCUCAAGUGAGCUUCUUGUACCAAUGAAAAGGAGAUUAGAUGCUCAGAAAUACCUGAAUUUCUGAGCAAAUAUCAACUCCUGUCAUACUGGAUGACUUCUGAUGAUUGGAUUUUCCAUCUUUUCUCGUGUUUUCUACCUCAGCUUAGGAACCUGAACAAUAAAGACGGUAAUAUGCAGGAAUUACAAUCAUGUAUGUUUUUUUUUUUUUGUUCCUCUUUUCGGUCUGUGCUGGUAGGUAUGACCCCUACAGCAAGGUGUUCAGCAGAGAGUACUACGACCACAAGGCUAUGCGUGCCUUGAGGCUCCAGGCCAUCGACAAGGCUCGUUCAGCACACAGAUGGGGCCUGAUUCUGGGCACGCUGGGCCGGCAGGGCAGCCCAAAAGUCCUGGAGGUAAGAGUCUGGAUCCUCAUUUUAACAGUCUACAUGUCCUGAGGCCACUUGUGCAAUGGCUUGUAAUAUCCAUCAAUGUGACUUUCACUGACUAGUGCUUUGGAGACACGAAGGACUGAUAAAACAAGCCCUGGGAGCUUGUUAUUUCGCAUUAGGGAUGAUGCAACUCAAAAACAGUCCUUCCCUUGAAUCCGCAGCUGGCCUCGGGGUUGGCUGUAUUGAAGUGUCACUCUUAAAACACAAGGUUGAUGGGCGAUGAUUAAUCAUGAGAAAACUGCUGGUCAAAAUCAAUGCCCGUCCCCUCAAAAGCUUUUUUUACAAGGUUGAUUUUUACCUUUCGUACAGCUCAAUACCGGUCAGGAAUUUUAACCAAAGAUUGAACCUGAAACAUUUCAUCACUGGAUAUGAUUACAGAGUUUUUCAUUCAGGAAAGUGCCAAACAUAAUUAAUAAUUGUUCCAUGUUGCUUUUGGAGCAGACAUAGAAAUGAGAUACUCCUCAAAGUAUGACCUAUUACGUAUUAGCAUGCACACAAGCUUGUCUGAGUUACCGAUCGAUCGACCUGGAGGCCGACUCUGGUUACUCCAAACCCACAGCUCCUCCUCCUGCUGCUCACCACUCCAUUUGUUGUUUCUUAUGCCAACAUGACUUCAUCUUGUUAUAAGUAUAUGUCACAGUGGGUGUAUGAGCAUCCACUUGAACAUUUGAAAGUUUAUCAUUAUCUUUAACAGAGCUCUUUUCCUGUUUGUAAAUAUCAAACUUUAAGGAUUAUGUGAGCUUUUUAUGCAAAAAUGUCAGCCAGAGAGUAAAAAGUUUUAUUUGACGGUAGACGGGGAAGGAUGCAUGAAAAAGGAGGAUUUGAAUAAAAGGACCAACCGUCUCUCUCAUAUUGAUCUGUGAAGAUUGAGAAGUGUUCUGCCAGAUAACCUCUCAGCUAAGAGGACACAGCUUUCUCCGAUAACAGCGCUGUUGCAGAAAUGUCGCAUGAUACUCCCAAGGGCAGUGGAUAUCAGCAACACUUGCUCCGUUAUCUGAACCAAAGAAACAUUUAUGGGAUUUUUUUUUUCCUUUCACCUGCUUUGACUGCUUGCUGCAUCCUUGAAUAACACCUCGGUCCGAGAACCAAUGUCCAAAAGAUAGAGUUGAGCGAGAGCAGAGUUCCUUGAACUGGCUAAACAGUUUCAUUUAUUGGUGUGUUAUACAAAGAAUGGUGUCUGAGUUUUCACCCGUGGUCCCUGACCCAGCUCAGUCACAGGAAGUCGGCCUUAUGUGGUCCCAUUCCCCUCCUAGUUCUUUGGGAAAUGGAGGGCAAAGCUGAGAUCCUUGGCGGGCUUUACUUACUCUGAGGAUGUGGGGCCAAUCUGCUGGAUGGACUCCUCCACCACUGUUACAUUGGGCCAAAGAUGUCUAAGACUUUCCCUAUGGAAAAUGAGAGACGGACCAUAAUUUAUUACCUACUGUUUUUCUGAGCCAGACUAGAGAGAUUCAGCGUAGUCCAUAUAUGUUCAGGAAAGAUGCUGCUCCAAAAAACUCAAGCAUGCAAAAACUCAAGUGCAAACCUAAGAAUAUCGUUGUUUAAUGAAAAAUAUAUCCUCCCUUUAAAUUUGACGCCAGCAGGAAGUUUCAAAACAGUUUGGACAAAAAAAUGGUUUGAUUCUUAAAAAAACACCUGCAGGAACAUUUGCCAACUAGUUACACAAAUCUGCAGCAGGGUCGCAACAUGACAGGAAAGGAAAAGGGCUUUCUAGAUUGAUUCAGUCCCUCAGAAGUGAAGGUGUGAAAAGUUCACCACUCUGUGGGAGAUUGGGUGAGGAAAUAGGUUUCAGAAUAAUGGUCUUAACAUACAGUAUGAAGAUUUCAUCAUUUAGAGCAUAAAAUAUCGUUAAUAGGGUCUUGAGAAGUCUUUGUACAAAGGGGACAAGACCAGGAACUGUCACCAGAGGGCUUUGGUCUUCAGGCUGGGACUCUGUCGUGGAAAUCACUGCAUAGGCCCAAAACCAUAUUUAGAAACUCUUGUUUUUGUUCAUCGCUGCAUCUACUGUUGUAGGUUAAAACUGCAGCAAGCAAAGAGGAAAUCAUACACAGUUUAAAAAAUAUUUAAAGAUAAUGGCAGACUCAAAUAUACUUGAAAGAGAAAAACUUUCAUAUCACUUAAAAUCAAAAUUUGGUGUUCCCUCUGGGAAAUCAUGGAUGGUACAUCCUUCAUUUCAAAGAGAGAAGGAACCAACCUGCUUGAUAUCUGCUUGUUAUCAGUGCACGGUUCAAAGGCCAGCACCCCUGAUGGUAUUGGCUCACAGCAUUCCUACUUUAUAUACAUGUAGAGGCACCAUUAUUGUCGAGCUAUAUAUGCAGGUUUUGUAGCAUCCAGACCAUACCAAGACCUUCCAUAAUAUUGCAAAAGGAUACCAGGCUACAUCUUGAAUUUAUUCCAACAGCAUGGCUCUGUAGUAGAAGAGUCCUGAUGCUAAACUGGUCUGCAUGUAAUCUUGACUUUUUACCUGUCCAUCAUGACACAAUAAUAAGUCAAAGGAGACCCUGAACUGUUGAUAAGAUAAAAUCCCAUAUCGGGCAAGAAAUCAGUCAUCUUGAUUGCCAAAUGUUUACAGAGCGUUGUUACAAGGAGAGGUGAUGAAACAGGUAAACACUCUCCUGUCCCAGCUGUUUUAAAAGUGUUACUGUGAUCAAAUUUAAAUGAAGCAUAUGGCAUUCAGGAUUGUAUGUAACUGCCCUCAGCUUCAGGCUUGAGCUCUGUGUCUAUAACACUUGUCUCUAUAGACACCCAAAGUAAACGACCCUCACUGUGUGCGUUGGCGCCUCGUGAUAAUUUGAAGAGAUUGAUUACCUGAAGUUGAAGCAGAACCACUUCACUUGAAAAAUAACAGCGAGGAUGGUGUCCAAUCCAGAUGCUCUCCCGUGGAGGAGUUUUCUGUCAAGCCAGCUGGAAGGAGACCCAGAGGACACCCCAAAGGGACUUCUCAUCCCAUCUGUCCAGAGAAUACCACAGGGAGCUGGAGGCCAUAGUUAAGGAGAAAAAUCUCUCUGCCAGCGUGUUUAAAUUGCUAUAACCACCAUUUAGACUGGAAUAAGCUUCAUAAUAUGGAUAGAUAUAUGGAUAUAUGAGAGUGAAAACUGUAAAGCCUCCCUGCUUUCACUGUUAACAGUGGAGCUAAAGCCAAUGGCCGACACUUGAUUUAAUUAGUGACAUGUCUCACUUUAGCUCCAGCACCUUAAAGAGAGCUUUAUUACAUACCUGAAUUGAAAGCUUUUUCCAACGUCCUUUUGUGUUUUUUUUUCUUUUUCUUUUCUCUCCGUAGCACCUGGAGUCAAGGCUACAGUCACUCGGCAAGUCUUUCACGCGGGUUCUUCUGUCUGAGAUUUUCCCCAGCAAGCUGGCUCUGAUGCCAGAUGUAGACACGUGAGUAUGAGACAUUUUUACAAUCAGAGAUACAAGCAAUUCUUUGAAAACCCAAUGCUUGGCUGUUGUAGAUAAAUGUGAGUUGUAGCCCAUGUUUUCCUAUCUUUGGAGUGGGUUUGAAUAUCUUGUUUUUUUAUACGCAUGUUGCAGGAUCUGAUUGUAGAACCGAAGUUUUAAAAAAUCUUCCUUCAGAGGUUCUUUAGUCGCUUCCAGAAGAAAAACCUCUGUUGCGUUAUGUACUGUAUAAUGCAUGGGCCAACACACUGUCUAGAUGAGUUCUGAAAUAUUUCUCUGGUGUUACAUUUUGGACUGAAGGCAUGCACAGAAGGAAUCAGCUGAUGGAGCUGCAUCUAAUGACCAAUUAAAUGUAAACUUCUCCGACAGAUGAACAUCUGCUCGUGAAGCAGUGCGGCAAGAAACAAUUAUUAUGACAGAGAGCAUGUCUGAGGAAAUUUUAUUUGACGUGUAUUUUAAUCUCCCAGUUUGACUCAUGUCCCAUCGGUUCACAUGGAGGAGACAGGCUUUAAUAUACGCACCUCAGCCAGUCACCAAAGAGAGCUCUGAAUGUUUUGGCGUCACUUUUUAGGACUUUUUAUGCAGCAAAUACUCACAUCGAUUGGGAAGAGAAGCCUGAUCCGACUUAUCUCCUUGUCCGUGUAUACAUUCAGCUCAGAAAAUCAGAUUAGUGAUGUGAACGUUUACGUCUCCCUAAAACUAGGGGGCGAUAUAGGUCUUUUGAGCAGAUGUCUUCAUUCCUCGAUUUGUGACCAUCCAUAUACUUUAAAAGGUCCAUUUCUUUCAGGAGGGAAAGCAUAACGGCGCUCUCCUCGUCGUUCCUAAAGUGGACAUUCUUUCAUGCUUCAGCCAUGUUGCAGUUGCUGCUGAGUCAAAAGUUCUUGAAAUGAUAGUUUUUCUUCUCUGGUGUUUUUGUCCUUGGGUUUCGGGGGCGUGGCGCGGCGCACGAGCACAUGCAUUGCCCAAUCAUACUUCAACUACGCUGGCUACAUGGUAGAGAAAAUCAAAUCCCAAUCGCAUUAUCUGGGUGUCUUAAUUGGAGUUCUCCGACUCCAAUCCGAGUUUUCAGACUCAGAUUAUAGUCGGAUGAAGGUGUUAACAUGCACAUUAGUUGUCCGGUCUUAAUCGGAGAAAGGCAAUAAUUCAGUUUUUCAUGAGUGUCAUGUAAACGUACUGAGUGUUUGCACACAGCCACAGGGGGCGCCAAUGUUCACACAAACCAGGAGUUUCUCACAGCAGCCUUAACAACCAACAGUUUCUCUUCUUAGAGCUGCUAAUUCAUCUUCACAUCAUGGCCCCUGGGGUUAAAACAAUCAAAAACAAGCAGUCAACUCACAGUUGCAAUGCAUUCUGCAAGCAUUGUUGCAGAAAUAAUGUCAUCGUCAGCAUAGUGUGCAAGUUUAAAAUGGAGUAGAUGGACUGUACUGCAGAGUGUGUAGGCUUGUAAACAAAAUUGGCAUUCGCUCCCCGAUGGGACUGUAUUUUUGUCUCCAUAGCAAAAACAAAUUGUUUAUUGUACUGAAUACGAAAUGGAGUUUGCCCAGAUUGGACACCCAGCACAUACAAAGUUAUACACUUAACCGAUCCUUCAAAAUGCUUCGUGUUCAUUCUGUGCUUGUGCAAAAAGGACUGGGAAAGCAUUUAACCUUGUCUUUGUUUUUUUUUACUCCUCAUAGGCCAAAUUUGGAUUCAUUUCAAUCAUCUUAGCUUGAGUGAAGGAAAAAAUACAGUGUGUUACCUGAGCUCAGAGAAACUAAACCCAUCACACACUCAUUCCCUCACAUUAUCAGUGAAGUAUGACAUUAUUGAUGCACUCUCCGAUCUGGUCAUUAAUACAUUCCUGAUAAUUACAGUGUUGGAGCGCUGUCAUCCAUCAGCUCUCCAAAUUAAAAUGAGCUCCUUAAAUUUCUUCAAUGACACAUCAAGUGCUUUUUUGUCGAGGUGCAGCAGCGUCUCUAAGAUAUCUGUCCUCUGAGCUGCAGAACAGAGGUGCAGAUGGACAAAGGGGUUAGUGAGACACUGAUGUGCAACAGUUCGAAUCACACUCACUCACACACAGGCGCACUCCUCCCACUGCCUCAGAUUGGCCUCUCGCUGUGGAGUAAUGAGAGGUGUGAUGUGUGAGGGAGGAGUGGGUGAGAGAAGGACAGAAGGUCUGAGAGAGAUUGAGAGGGAGUUUAGAGAGAGAGAGAGAGAGAUGCAGAGGUAGAGAGUUGAGGGGGCUGUGUUUGGAAAGCGAGUGAUCACAGUAAAAGCCUUUUUUUUUCUCUCUCUCUCUCUCUCGUUUUUUUGGCUCUCCUCUUCAGACUGACGUAUGAGUGCAACUCUGAAAUUAUGUAAGUCAGGCACGAUUCAGCCAACCAAAACAAACCCUCAUUACAGACAAAAAAGCCUUUCAACAAGGUGAAAACAAGUGUUUGAAUACAGAGCUCAGGACCACUGUGUGCAUAAACAAUAUGAUCUUUUACACACAGAAGUCAGUUUAUUAGGUACAUUUAGCUAAUUAACUCCCCAAUUAGAAAUCUGGAGAUGUCAUGAUAAUAACAGUAAUAAUACCGCUGAAUUAAUGUGGCAAUAAUUUCAUACAGUUGGCAUCCAAACCUUCAUAUACUCAGAGAAGAGUCAGAGCUGUGCCCAUAACAAUACUUCUUACAGUUAUACUUAAAGUUUCUUUAUUAAUCAAUUUAAAAUACACUAUGAGGAGCUGUAAAGAGGCUGUAAAACAGUCUCAGCUCAUGUCUCUUUAUGAGCUACAGAAGUAAAGAUGUUUAUGAGUGUUUUUGUGUACACUAUGGAGGCUUUGCUGAGACAUAGUCCAGGCAGUUUUGAGGAGGGGGACUUCAGUACGUCCCACAGAUGCUCCAUUUGAUUGAGAUCGGAGGAAUCCAGAUGCCGAGUCAACAUCUUGACCUCUUUUUCUUGUUCUAUCAAAGCCCCUUCUUUCAUUGCUCCAGUUUUGAUGCUCUCUUGCCCGUUGUAGCACAGUGGACAGGAGUCAGCACUGACACUCUGACCAGUUUGCGACAACCUCACACCACAGAUAUCAAACUGUAAGGAGUGCGAGUUUUGACACAUUUCUGAAGCUUGUUUUCAGCAGAUGACCUUGUGUCUGUUCACUAUUUGUCCUUUCUUGAGUCCUUCUACCAAAUUUGAUGGGUACAGAACACCGCAGAUCAGUGACACUCCACCCGAGCUGCAGUUUUGGAGAUUUUCUUAUCGGGUUGUCAAGCUAUCACAGUUUGGUCCAUGUCAAAGUCCUUUACAGUCUUAUACUUACUAACUUCAAACACGUCAACUUCAAGGACAAAAUGUUUGUUCGAUGCCUAACAUAACUCAACCAUUGACAGUACAUUUAUAUGCAGUUAAGUUGAUUAGGUGAUUUAACUGGACAACCACCCCCUUUGAGCUUGACACUAUCACAUAGUCUCCCAGUCGACAUAUGUACCAAAACAGUUGACAAAACCUAUCAGCAUGAGGCUAACGAGACACAUAUUCAGCAAUGAAAAUACCGUUGUCUUCACAGAUUGGAAAGUUUCGUCUUUUCUCUCGAAGUGACCAAACAUUUGGGCCAAGUUCAGUCUGAUUGAGACAAAUACAUGAAGGAGAAAAUCGAUCCCCAACUGAUUUAGUAUUUUUGUUUUUGUUGCCUCCAUUUUUUCUCUUUUUUGUAUAUAACAUUUUCAUCUGGGUCUAAGUUAACUUUUUCUGUAAUUAUUCUUCUGUGUUUGCUGCUCUGAUCCUUUGCUGCUGUUAACACUGCAAACUUCCACACCGAGGGAUGAAUAAAGGUUUAUCUCAUCCUUUAUUAUCCAGGUACGUCAGUGCGACUAAAAGUAGUUUGAUCUGUUGUAAUUUCAUCCAGACUAGGGCAAUAAGUUAAUAUGUGAACACGCUGAUUGCAAAGACAUAAGCAACUGCCUCACUCCACCUACCAAUGGUAAAGUCACGGCUAAUUGAUGUAGCUAUUCCAGGUACUUGAUACCUGUCACAUCACAUAAGAUUCCAGCAGAAAAGGAGAUUUACAGAAGCUGUACUCCUGCGAGAUGUCACAUCUGUAAUCGUGAUGAGGUUAAUAGUGAGAUGUAGCUGGUGUCAUCUAUUACUGUGAAAAACAUUACUGUCAAACUGAUAUUUUCACACUAACUUAAUUAACAGCUUAAUUAUAAUCAUAACACUUUACAAUAACCAUAACUUAUACAUGGUAAAUAGACCAUUUAUAAAUGGUAAGCUGAUGUUUAAUCAUCAUUUACAAAUAGCAUAUAGACCAUUAAUAAAUUGUAAACACUAACCCUAACUCUACGUUAACCAUCUAAGUAAUGUUUAUAGGUGGUUUAUAAACCAUUUAUCAAUCAUUUACAAAGUAUUACAAACAUCAGUUGCAACUAUACAAUAACAAUCUCAGUAAUUUUUUAUAGAUGGCUUAAAAACCAAAUAUUAACCAUUUACAAAGUGCUACUGAAACACAUUUUAAUCUAGAUGUUUUACAACCAACAUUUAUAAACCUUUAAUAAAUAGUCCAUUAAUAAUUAAUGAAAAUUAUUAAUUAUAAUCUCAUUGCUUGUUAAUGGUAAAGUAACUCUUAACCUACAUUAAUUAACAAUCUAUUUGCCAUUUAUAAUUGGUCUAUAUGCUGUUUUUAAGUGAUGAUGGAACAUUAAUAAACCAUCAUUUUACCAUUUAUAAAUUAUGGUUAUUGUAAAGUGUUACCAUAAUCACUUAUUAUUAUAAAGUUUUUUAUUUGUCAAAUCACAGUUAUAUAAUCUAAAAACACACAAAUAGAUCAUUUUCUCUUUGCCAUGGAGCUUGUCUUUAGCUGUGCUCAAAAAAGAAAGAUAUAAUUAAAAACAAGUUUGGCAAAUAAAAAAGAAAAGAAAAAAAAGAACAGAAACAAAGGCACAAGCCAUCUGGAUCAAGAUCUUCACAACAGCUGUCGAGCCCCUUUUGGUCACUGGGACCAGAGUAAUCAACCCAAAUGAAAGUUUCUCAUAGCUGCUUCGAUUUUUUUCCUCUCGUCACGUUUUUCGCUCUCCGCUGAAAAUAGCUUGUAAGAACACGCUCAUCCUACAUUCCACCAAAAUAGACUUUACACACUGCCAGGCAUUUUAAGAUUAGUUGUAUCUGGCUGUGUUGAAAAAGGAACAGUAGCAGAGAAAGAGCAGGAGAUUGAGAGAUAGACAGUGGGGUGGUAGAGGACGCAUUAGUGCUCAGCACCAGCCGACACAGCACACUGUACAGCAGAACCCACCCCCGGGCUUUCUCUGUCAUUAGACACACACAUACUCGCUCUUAUAAAGAGGGAGAGACACCAUUAGCAUAUGCUCUUAAGUGUGUAAUUAGGCUGUCCCCAAGCAGGUUUUAAACUAUUGUACAGAUAUCUGAACAGCACACACACACUUAUCUCAAGUAGAGUGUAAAUGCCACCCAGUGCAGAGCAGAUCUUUUAUCUUCCAGUUCGAUUUUUUUUUCAAAUUUUUGACUUAAUUGAAAAGAAAAUGUUUGUUUUAGACGAGCACUUACUCAUUUCUUUUCCCAGUGUGGUAAAAGGUUAAUUGUUCUAGCUUCUAGCAAGUUAAGAUUGGGUGUAAUUGGAGCAGAUCCAUGCAGGUGGAGGUCUCACCAGCAGCAUCAGGGCAUGAUGGGCCACAGCAGGAGAUGAAGCGAGCACACCAUGGCAUCGACUCACAUAGCCUAGCAGUUAGGGCUGGAUGAUAGGACCUCGAAUCAAUAUCACGAUAUAUUGAGCAAUAGAAAUGGAUGUGAUAAAUAGACGAUAACUACUCCACAACCUGCUCACCCCCUCCCACAUUAAUGCUAGUUACCUCGGAAGUCAGAUGUCGGAGCUGAAAAUGACGUCACACCCGAGUUAGCAGCACAAGUCGGAAAAAAGCAAAAUCGGAGGUGGAAACAAUAUGGCUACAUCUACGAAAGUUAUUUUAGCUCUUGCUUUGUCCUUGUUAUAUAUGGACAAGGCAAGCGCUAAAAUAACUUUCGUAGAUGUAGCCAUAUUGUUUCCACCUCCGAUUUUGCUUUUUUCCGACUUGGUAACUGAAACGCUGGUAACUUAGGUGUGACGUCAUUUUCAGCUCCGACAUCUGACUUCAGAGGUAACUCGAACGCAGCAUAACUUCAUCUACUUCAGCCACCACUGAACCAUCCUCCAUCUCCUCCCAUGUCUUUCCCUCUUUGUUACGGACUUGAGACGGAGUCAGCUCUCCAAAACAAACUUUUUAUUUAUUUGACUCGGAAUAUAUUGACAUGGGCAAAAUGAUGUUGGUUAUUGUCUUAAAUUUCUGUAUCAGUAAAUUUUCGGUUUAUCGCCCAGCCCUACCAGCAGUGUGAAAUAUCAUGAGGACUUACCUUUAUGUACCUCUGCUAAGUCCCCUUCAGCAGUCUGCUCCUCUAGUCCUUACAGAUGACUUUGUGUUUAGGGUUUUACGCUCUACUAUUCAAGAGACAAGGUUUCACUACGACCUGCAUUUGUCCACUUUUUUUUUUAUCUCUGUUCGUCUCUGCUUGGAAAUAGGUUGUAAAACAAGGCCAGAGACAAAAGCCCCGUUUUUUUCCCCCCGGCUCUACGCCUUGUUCCUUUCCUCCAGCUCUUUUUUUUUUGUAUUGCUGCACCGCAUGAUAUGAGUUCUCCACUGUGCCGGCGAGAUUGAAGGCCGGAUAUGGGCGAGACGCAUAAUUUGAGCUGCAUUCUGGGGGCAAUACCUGGCACAGCACACCAUGCAUUUCAGUGAACUGCACAUUUCAGCCUGUCUCAGCGCUAAUAUUAGAAAAGUUCCUUUCUUGGCUCCAUGUGCCAAUCAGCUAUCAGCUCCUUAGGAGGGAUCCUCUCUGUGCUCCCUUUCAUACCUUCUGUCUCACUUUCCUCCAAACCCUGAAGAUUGAACGGAGCAGUCUCGGUUUGCUUAUUAAUCACAUUCCUCUUUUUUACCACCGUUCUUUUUAGCUCAUUCUGCAAAUAGACACAGACACACACACAGCAGAAGUGUGUGCACACAUCGACCCACAUGCUCAUGCACACAUAUUCAAACUGUCAGACUCCCCCUCUGUAAUUAGUCCCUUCUUACUGUGCAUGGACUAAGGCGGUUUUUGAAACAUGUGCUACGUUAAAGGGCUACUGUUAUGAAAAGCAGCUGAUGGACUUAAAGGUCGUUUCUCAGUUUCCACAUAUCCAUCUCCAGUCUGCAAACAUAGGUCAGAGGAAGUUGGUGCUUUGUGUAAAUCUCUGACUCAGCUGAGUCUCAAAUUAGGAGCACGGAUAAGAAUUUUCCCUUUUUUUUUUUUUUUUUAAAUGGAGAAAAAGGAGUGUUAUUUGAAAAUGAGAAAAUGCCAUGCGUUUGCCUGGAGGGGAUUGAAUGUUUCUGUGGCAGAAAGCAAGAGUGUAGCGAGAGUCAACGGUGCAAUCAAUUCUGCAGUUUGAGAGAAAGUGUGAAAGCUAAAAAAAAAAAGUGAAGAAAAGGCGGAUGGGGAUUUCGACGCAGAAGACAUGAAAGAAUUCGAGCGAUUACGCCGAAACUUUCCUCCUUCAUCAGUUUCCCAUCCACACCCUGUGACUCUCGGCACGCCUUUGCUUAAAUCUCAAUCCGAUCUAUUCUCAUUGACAUUUACCUACAUCUAACAUGAUCUCCUGGGCUGUUAUAUAUGCACCGCGGCUCAAUUCAUACUUGUCAAUACUUUUGAUGGAGCUCCAUCUUUAGGAUUAGGGACAGGGGAGGGUCCACUCCCUCAGUGCAGAUGUAUCAGUGGAUAGCAUUGAUCUGUGAAAGCUAACCCCCUUAGCCCCAACCACUCCUCUGCGCCUCCAUUCUCCCAUUGUUCAUUUUUCCCCCUCCAGCUGUUUACAUCCACUCCCUUCUCUUCCCUCUUUCAUGCAUUUUCCAGAGUAAACACUUUUUCUCGCUGCCAAUCUGCCCCUGUUCCCUCUCCUCCUCUUUCUCGUGUCUCCUCAACCCCCCCCCCUUUUAUUUUCGUCUUAAAUUACUCUCUUUCUCCUUAUCGCUGUAUAUCUGUGUCCUUCCCUCUUUUUUUAUCAAACCCCCUUUCCCCUCCCGUGUUUCUCUUUCUCACACAUACACACAGCCCCCAAACCUUAUUCCCCUCCUACCCAUUCCCCUUCCCACCACCCUGUCUGCCAGCUAUGUAGGCUACCUCCGUUGAGACCGUGCUGGUGCAUUUUUUUUUUUUUUAUUCACACUCACCUAACCUCUCCCUCUUUUUUCUUUCACUGCGUUUCUUCUCUUUUCACGUCUUCACUUCUUCCACUGUUUUUCUGUUGAUGCCUCCUCACCAGCCUCCCCCCUCCCCUCCCCUCCUCCGCUCCCUCCUCCCUCUCUUUUGGUGCCUGCCUAUGCAUUCAGACCGUGUUGCUGGAGCUGUCUUUAGAGCUGUUGCAAAUCAGGACAGAUCUCUCCAACAGAUGCUGGAGAUCAGGUGGAGGGAGGCUCACUCUGCACAAGCCCCCCGUUGGAUCACGUAUCCACAUGCAGCGUGCAGACGUGCAGAUGUGCCCCGCCUGUUUAAUCGGAUCUCUAUCUCUCCCCUCCUUUCUGACUGCCUAUUUGCACUAAUUUACAAAUGCACUUCUGAGCACAGAUUUGUACCUCCUGUCUCCUACAGGUGGGUCCAGAUCGCUUGUCCACGCCUCUCUAUCGACUGGGGCACAGCCUUCUCCAAACCCCUGCUGUCCCCGUAUGAGGUAAACACACACCUUCUCGUCUUCACAGCGAGAUCACAGCUGUCACUUAGCCGAGGAGACACACACACACACACUCUCACACACCCACUUUGGUUGAAUCAAAGCCUAUGUGUGAAUUUGCACUGGACUUAUCAAGGCCUGCUUGUCCCUCCUUCUUUCUCUCCCUCCAUCCUUUGCACACAGAAAAACACUCUAAACAAGAUCAACAGAAGUCUAGCACCCCCUACUGGUUACACGAUCACACACACACACACCCCUCCCUCCCCUGCCUCUCCCUUGCAGCUGUCUUGUUUUUUCUGAAAAAGGAGAGAAAGAAAGAUAGAUCGGACACCAACCCAUAAAGAUCCAUUUCAAAGCGAGUGUUUGUUUGCGUGCCGCCGCAGCUGCUGCAGCCGCUUUGUGAUGUGUUUGGCAGCUCUUGUUAUUAUGUGUCUCCGCUGGUUAGCAUUUGAUGUCCACUAUUAAUUCAUCCAACGAUCUCCUACAAAGAUUUGCUACUGAUUUGAAUCCCUCUGAAAUAGCUGCGAGGGGAAUAGCCAUCAUGAAUAUCGACUCUUGAUUUGAAAUGCUUGCUGUUUUCCUCAGACUACUCAUCUUUAUGCACCGCUUACGCUUCAGAAUGAGGCCAUUGAGAAUAAUAAUAGCGUUCACCUUAGCAGGAAAAGUGAUGGUUAUUUCUCACCGUUCCUGACAGAGGUCUAUAAGUUUAAAAUUUGCUUUGCUGUAAUAAGGGGAGCCCCAAUCUGUUUUCCCAAGCCCUUUUUCUUAGAGCCCACUCCGCUUACCCCACCAGCUAUAUGAGCGCUGAGAUAAUUUGCAGCCGCACUCUGCAUCCUUAUACGUGGUCGUGAUAAAUCUUAAUUCACCCUCAUCCCGUACCUAUGAGUGCCAUACAUCUCAGUGUGUUGUGCUUCUUCUCUCUGGCAUUUACAAUAACGAUGAAGAGGAAUGAGAGGGGAGGGUGGAGUGAGCCAGGAGUAGGGCGGAGGGGGCCGAGGCAUUUAUUUUCAGUGCGUCUCAUGUUAUAUUUAUAGUCAAUAAGACACACUUGGCUCUCCUGUCAGAGCAGGGAUUAGCAUGGGAAGCUAGCUUCCUCAGAGAGAGGAGGAGAGCAGGGGGUAAAAAGCUCAAGCAAUGAGAAAAGGGUGGAAGAAGGGCAGAGGAGAGGAGAGGAGGAGAUGAAGGGGAAUCUAGCAGAGGGAUGUUUGAGGAGAGAGAGGGGCUGGGUACAGUUAGUUCAGGAGGAAACACUUAACACAUCUACUCCAUUUUAUAGGACUGAUAUGGCAUAAAGAAUUUGUUACUAUGUCCAAAACAUAUUUAUAUAAAUCACAUGAGACCCAAAGUGUUACUAAUAAGACUAAAUAAAUGCCGUAGCAGAGCUGCCAAAAAAAUAACCACAAUCAUUUUUAUCAACAUCGAUAUCAUGAUAACUGUAUUUUCUGGAUGACAAGUCGCUCCGUAGUACAAGUCGCACCAGCCAAACCAUGAAAAAAGUGUGACAUAUAGCCCGGAAAAAUACGGUAUUAAAGCUCCAGUGAGGAACUUAAGUUGACAAAACAGUCUCUGCUUGCUUGACAUAUUAUAGUGGUGUUUUUUGGCAAGAAUCUCAUCCCUUUGACUUCUGACAGUCAAAUGUAUAAUUUAUGGUGAAUAUUUUAGAAACAGUGUCACCCACUCUGCUGACACCUACCCCCUCACUCUAGUUUCAGACAUUAAAAAUUACGAUUUGAAAACUGUCAAUGUUGCUGCUGAAGGUCUUGUUUGCUUUCCUAUAAAAUAAAAAUGCUUCAUUAUGAGUUUCAGUCUUUUAAACUGACGUCAAAAAAUUCCUCACAGGAGCUUUAAAUACAUCUACUUAAGAAUUUUAGGAACAACUUGUUUUUGUGUUUCAAAACCUUUAUCACCUGUUUUCACUGAACACAAAUAUUUACUCAAAUUACACAUCAAAAAGCAUCAAAACUUUGACCUAAUUUUGAUGAUAAUACCUGAGGGAACUGACGUGUAGUAAACCACCUGGACUGUCAUACAUUUUAUACCUCGUCUUUACAACAUGAAGACCUGUUGUUAUAAUUCGUAUUUAUUAUCUCAAAAUGAUUCAGUCACUCAUCCUUUCACCAUGUAAUCAUGAGCCCUUGUUAAUGCUUGUAAAUUCUGCAGCUUUGCCUCCUCUGCUCACUCUGUCCCUCUGUUUUACUCACACACACACCUGAUUCUCUUGCUCUGAAUCUGCUUUACUGUGGUAUUGUGAUUAAAAUCCAAAAAACUGUGCUGCCCUGCUCCAAAGGCUACUCUUUUUAUCCCUUUAAGAGACAAAUUUUGUCACUCAUUUUCCCUUUAAUCUAAAUGGGUUUUAAUACCUGUGUUUACAUCUAAUUGUAUUUCAUACAUCAUCUAACAAUCCGCACGUUGUUUGACUCUGCAGUGAGCUCUCGGAGUAUUAAUAGACUGAAAGAUGAAAGUGCAGUCUGAUACAAAUUAAAUAUUUUGUUCAUUCAUUCAGCUCCUUGUUUAUUCAUCUCUUCAGUCAUUCAGCUGCUCCCUCUGUCAUUCAUAAUCAAUAUUCACACACACUUCUCCUCCAUAUGGAGCAGUCUGCACUUAUGUCACAGCACUGUCAUGCGAGUGUUGUUGCUCUCCUGUAACAGCUGUUGUGCCCUGCCGUGCAGCUGCAUAAGGAUAACAUGACAACUCUGCCUCUUAUCCAAGAUUAAUAUUAUGACACCUGUCUCUUCUGUUGUUGUCUUGUCAUCAUGCUGUGCUUCCCUGCUGCUUGUUUACCCCAAAACAUACAAAAUACCAGAUAUAAACAGCAGAAUUAUGCGCCGUAGUGUCUUACACAAGCAGGCUGCUGCCACUGCUGCACUAUAAGGUUGCGAGGAUUAAUUAUUCGUGAUCUCACUAUCUCUCAGGCAGCCGUAGCUUUGCAGGAGGUUGGCUGGAAAGAAGUCUACCCCAUGGAUUUCUACUCCAAUCAGAGCCUGGGGCCGUGGACACCCAACCAUCCAGACAACCAGCCUGUGCGGCCCACUCGCAGACAGAACCAGGUGAGCCGGGGCGGGAGAUAAAAGAGUGAAUAAGAAAGGAGGAAGAGCGGAGGAGGGGAGAGUGAAACAUCAUUGUGUGUUCAGCAUAUGUUGGCUGUCUUUUAUCAGGGUGUCCCCACACUGACACCCAGUGGUACAAUGAAAACAAGACAUGCGUUUACACAUGUCUCUCAAAGGCGUGGUUUUAACCUUGACCUUUGCGUGUCAUAAAUCUUCUUCAAUUGUUUAAAAGACGGUUACUUUUACAGCUAAUUGAUGUGUACGACGACACCGCUGUACCCAUAAUGCCUCAAAUUACCACUAAUCUGUGUGAGGUAGGUGCUGUCACUAUUCCAAGUGUUAAUGCUAUCCAACUGCCCGCCUGCAGAAUCAAGGCUCCAAGCCAGCCCUUCCUACCAAGCAAUGUGGGCAGGACCAGUGCACCCCCUGUGGCUGUAAGGGGGAAUGACACACCAGGACCGGUGCUGUGUUUGUGCGUUUGACUCGCCUCGAGGCUGCCGGUGCCUUUGCCUCUGUAAUGGCUGCAGGGAGGUCAAACCAGAGGGGGAGGCGGAGGAAAAGAGAGUGGGUAUGUGUCCAGACAGUCUAUCAGCAGAGCCAAAGCCAGAGGAAGCCCUCAGCCCCGCUCCUCAAACGGAUUACCAGCCAUAAAUAAUCUCUCGUCUUACAGCACAGCAGAUCAAACCCAAAUUCAUUGCUCUUAUUCACGUUCUCCCUGCAUGGGCCCUGAGCUCAAAAUAUGCAUGCAACUGAGAGAAUAGCUCGAGCGUUUAUGAGCUCAUUUGUCAAAAAUAUUCCCCAUGAAGGAGCUUCUCUCUGCCGUGCUGUGAAAGGAGUUCUUCCUGCACGGGGGGAAACGUGUGGGCCUGUCUGUAAUGGAGACGCGGCUUAUGUUAUUGUUAAGGAGAGAAAGUGUGAGAUGACCUUGUGCACAGUGUGGAAUUUAAAGUGUCUGUAGAUGUGGGAGGCUUUAGUCAAACUUGUCCUUGGUUAAAUCCCUGUAUAUAGACAGACACUUCAAAUGUAUUUACCUUUAUACUUGAUUCACUAAGUUGUGUGAGGCACUGCUUGAUGUACAUUAUGUGACUUUUUACAAGGUUAUCCUUCAGGAAUUUGAAUGAUGACAACAUAAAGUACUGUCACGCAAACUUCCUCUCUCUGUCUCUAUUUCUAUUUAAAUCUAAAAACACUGAAUUUUGAUUUCUGGAGUUGUUUUUGUGCCGGCGCUGAAAUGUUUUUUAAGGCUGAAAAGGGGUAUGAGUUCCUAGACGUGUGCAGCGCCAGUCACGACUUCUCUCCAUCCUCAUUAUUUAUUGAUGGCACAUUCUGUCAAUAAAUAAAUAAAUAAAUAAAUAAAAGCAGGCUAUUGCUGUUCGGCUGCCACAGCAGAGACUGAUUGACAGCAGCGCAGCAGGGCUCCAGCUGAUCUCCAGAACUUGUGAACCUCCCCCAGGUUGCGGCACACUCUCAGGUGGGUAUCAUCUUCUGUGAGUUUCUUGUUUCCUUUCAACUACCAGGUAGAUCCAUCCUCUAGUUUCCGACAUCAUAUCUCCUUGGCAACAGAAACCGGUGUGAGGCUGCACAUCCCGCCAGAUGUCCGUCGUUCUCAGGAUGUGUCUCAUGUGUCGAAGUAGUGGCCGUUAUUUUGUAGAGCUCAGUUCUCACUACAGUAAAGUGUGUAAUGCAGAGCAGUCAGGAAUGAAUAAAUGGGCAGCAGGGCUCCUUUGCAGCCGAUUUUUCAUUUAUUUUUUUGGUGAGCUCCGCCAGGGGAGAAAGAGUGAGGAGGAUUUAUAGAUUCUCUUUAUUUUCAUCCAAAGUAUUCAGUUUUUUAAUCUCACAGCCUCACGAUUAGUCUUGCUAUUAAUAUUAAUUGAGUGCUGAUAUGAACAUCAGUCCAUUUCAGAAAAUAUACUCGCUAAAAAGACAUACCUUGUAUAUAACACAGUCAGAAUUUAAACCAUUUGAUACUGAACUAACGGCUAUUUGAAUAUGGUAAUGUAAGUCAUACGGGACCCUUGUGAUCUCUGCAGAAUCAGAAAUGAAGGCUUUGAGACUCUGAUGUGUGCGAACCAGACUCUUUUCUUAAUUAACUGAGUGUAAAAAGUUGUGUAAUCAAGUUAAUAUUCUCUCUCUUGUUUAUGUGGCUCGUUGACUUUUAUGAUAGCAACAAGUAAUCCCUAACACACAUUGAGGAUAGUGCUUUAAUCAACAUAAAGCACAUAAGAGAGUCACUUUCUGCACUGUCUUUGCCAUGAUCUUUACAUUAAAGUCAAAACACCAGACAAAUUUAAUAAAACUUGAUGCAAAUCAGAUAUGCAAGGCAUGUAAAACAAACACUUGAUGAAUGAUAGGUUAAAGUUUGAAGGCCAGUCUCAGAAAUUAACCUACUUUGCUGACUCUCUUUAUUCAUUUUGGUGUUCUGCCAAAGCGGCUCUGUACAAAUAUGUUCUUCUUCAAUGUUUCCAUGUUACAUACUCAUGCAGUGUGACUCAGCUUUGUACCAAUAAAAUGC